AUGCCGUUAGUCGUCGAUGUGGCUGGGGGUCCACAGUGGGCUGAGGGGGGAGGCUGUGGCAGUAAAGAGGGGGACGUGGGCUGGACACUGUCCCUCAUCAAAGGGGACUGGGCUGGCGGGCCCCAUGAAGACCCCUUUAAUGUUCUUACCAGGAGGAACUCCAAGCUCCAACAGUUUGCACACAGUCAUAAAAACGAGCCAAAUUCCCCAAGAUUAUCCGCUGUCAUUUUGUCAUAGCUCUCGGUACCAGCUGUUUAAAUCUAACACGUGGGUGCCGGCCCCCUCCGGUUACGGUGUGUGCCAUAUGUACAGCAGCAUUGAUCUGAAACUGAACUGGACGGCUCCCACUGAUCUGCUUCAAACUGUUUCUUCACCAAAGACUGGAUGAUUGAAUGGAACGUAUGCAAGGACAAACAUUAAGGAUUCCAGUAUUUGGUGUAAAAUAAUUUGGCCCUGUUGGUCAUAUCAUCGUGAUUAAUUUAUGGCGCCAUUGGGGUUUCUCACAUUACCACUCUGUAUGCUUUGCCCUCAUUCUUUUCUUCCAAACACAAUGAAAACAAAUACGGCCUUGGUUUUUAUAUUCUACUACCUAGUCAUAGACUACGGUUCCUUUUUUGAAAUAGAGAUUGGAUUUACACUGGGCAGCGUGAAGGGGUUGAGGUGUCACAUAGCCAAGGCGUGGCAGCAGCCACAAGCACCUCUCACUCUAUCUCUUGUUUGCGUUGGGCUGGGGGUCCAUGGGCCGGGGGUCCGUGGAAUGGUGAUGACCUCCUAAUGAGGAUUCCAGUGAGGCAGAAAGGCAAAUGUUAGUUGUCCAGGGACCUCCUGGUAUCCCGAGUCGCCACAGCUGCUAUUUCCUCUCUCACACACACACACACACACACACACACACACACACACACACACACACACACACACACACACACAACCUGCCUCACUGCCCACCCCAACCCAGAAUGCAGCACAAUAUCCGCUAGCAUCCCAGCUGCAGACGAUUUAAGAUAUCCGCUGUUGCUAAUAUUCCAUUCCGUUGAACGACAGAAGUCUGCAUACUUAAUCAUUAGGGCUUCCGGUUCAAUGCGCCUCUUCUUUUGAGGCUUAAGUCCCCAACUGGAAAACAAUAACUGUUUUGAAGAUUUUGAGGAAGAAGAAAUCUGAUUAAAUGCUUGGUUUAAUGCUGGGUUCUCUUCCUAGUGGUGUUAAGUGAAUUUCAAAUGAAGCGAACAUCCGGAUCAAUUUGUAAUUAAAAUGGUGUUUGGAUAAGGUAUCCUCUCCACUCGCCACUCUGUUGCCCUUGGUUACGGCACACACAAAAAAUAAAUCUCCCCUCGCUCUCUCUCUUUAAACUCCAUUGUUUCCAGUACUUUAGUGGAAUGUUAUGGCUCCUCUUUGGCUGCGGCUCAGAGAGAGAUCCAAUGGAAAGUUUUAUUUACAUGAGUCUGUUUUGUUGGGUUUUUGGCCCUUUACGGUGAAACUGCUCCCUGGACAGGCUGUAGAGAUCACAGUGGAGGUCUCUGUUUCUGACAGAUUAAUCUCUUUUAAUGGGACAUCUGAAUACAACUCCAUGGUUUCCUCCUUGCACUGCACUGGGAUGUUACUUUACAGGAAAGCUAUGAACAGUGCAAAGCUUUAGCUCUUUUUACCCCCUUAUUCCUCCCUUUUGUUUUUAGAUGCAGUUUGACUCUCUCUCUCUCUCUCUCUCUCUCUCUCUCUCUCUCUCUCUCUCUCUCUCUCUCUCUCUCUCUCUCUCUCUCUCUCUCUCUCUCGCUCUCUCUCUCUCUCUCUCUCUCUCUCUCGAAAACUAAUAUCCAAAAGACUGCUUCAGGUUACAGUGCUGGCUCGCAGAUACUUUUCAAAAUGUGAACAGAGAGAAUAAUGUGAUAUAGCAGCAGAGUGGUGGGUGGGGAGGGAGGGAGGAAGUGAGGGAACACUGUCUGGUAGGAGAUACUCUCCCCUGCCGACUACGCUGAAGACAUUCAGCUACUGCCCAUUGUGAGUCGUCUCAAAGGGUUCGGUUUGUUUUGGGGACGACCUUUGCCCUCUCACUCCCACAUUAUGUAAAUGAGAGCACAAAGGAGAGGGAUGAUUCAAAAAUUUUCCUACACACACACACAUAUUUUUCGUUUGUCAGUGUUACUCAUGUGUGUGUGUUUGUGCUCCAUCUGUGUGUGUGUUACACGUUAACAUGUUGUUUUCUGGAGAACGACACCACCAGGCUAAACUGGUUGUCAUGUAACUGAACUAGAACACCAACCCCACAAGCUGCCUGGUGUUGUCAGACUAGAGAUGGUAACUAGAGCUCCCCACCGUGCCUCCGGGCCCCACUCCCAAACUCUGUCAUUGUCCCCACUACAUAAAGGAUGGGGGACAUGUAACAGAAUAUGGGCCAACGUGGUGUUGAGGUUCACGGACAACGGCCUUUCCCAGAACCUCGCUAUCUUGCUUGCAGUAACCAUUACCAGUUCUAAUGGUUUUAGUAGUCUCUUCUGAGAAACGUGAUACCUCUGAAGUGCCCCCCGUGAAACCAAGUUAACAUUCAUUGACUAGAUUUUCCCCUGCUGUCUCUAACUAGAGGCUGAAAACAUAUGUUAUGCCCCUCCCUUGGUACGUAAUAAAUAUGGGGAUGCUAGUCCUGCUGGUUCUUUUUGACACAUCGCUAAUGGAAGUUGGAAGAGAAGCACAGGUGGUCUUAAUGGAUUUUCUGUGUUUUCUUCCCUCUUUCCUUUUGCUUUCAUGUGGUUGGCUCUGAACAGGACAAUGAGGGAGUUUAAGUGGAGGGAUACAGAGAGAAAAGACCUUCAGAAUCAAUGUGGGUUAAAAAAAGUUUGACUUAAAUGGGAUUUUGUUGUUGUUGACGAUUGGUGUCUGUGUAUUCCAGUUUUUAGUUCCUAGAAUUUUAUCACACUACAUACAUGAAUGUUUGGCAGCACAAAAGCACAAUAUUUAUGACAACAGACAACAAUAUCAAAAUGUUCUGAGUCUGUGCCAGUGUGAUAGCUAGACCACUUUCUUUCGCUUGUAACAAUAUUUUGACGUGAGGUGAAAAAUCAAGCCAUUCUGAUUUUUCAAUAGCCCAGCAUGGAUUCGUACUGUAGUGGGAUUUUAAAUGCACAGUGCUGUUGUGUUUGUGAAACGUUGUCAUUUCCAGACGUCACUCUGAUGUCUGCUGGAAGGCAACUGUUGGGGAAAUAAAUAUAAAAUAAACAGCUGAUGGAGUCGCUUGCUACUGCAAUCGCUGGACGUUAGGUUUUUUUCCAACCUGUUUUAUUUUUUAACAGAGAGGCCACAUAAGUCAAUAACUAGGUCAAUAAUUCUAUAUUUUCAGAGCCCAUGAUCUGAUAUGUAAUGGGACACUAUUUUUUUUGCUCAUAUGUUGACGCCUUUUACUCAUCUCCCAACAACGUGAUUCCAGCCAUCUGUUUUGGGGGGUUUAGAGCGUAGUAGCGUAGCAUCAACAGACCAGGCUUGGACUGUGUUCUUGCCUGACCUGCCAUCUAUGGUUUCUGCCAUGCAAUUACUCUGUACAAAAAAUACUAAAGCCACAGUGCUGGUGGUGGUGAUGAUGACUCGAUGCCCUUGCCUGUCGAUGCCAAGUCGUGCCAUCACGUGAGCAGCCAGCGCCUACCUUCACUGUCAAUGUCAUAUUUUCCCGUGGAAUGAUUAUGGCGAGGCAGACAGUGUUACGACGUUUAGAGGGUUUUCUGGAGGCACAAUACUGACAUAGAAAUGGUAAGACUGUAAAAGUGUCUGCUGUAUGGAAUGUUUAUUGGAGCUAGGUCUGUGUAGGAGAAGCCCAACACCUUCUCUAUAAAGCCAUAUAGUGUGACACCCUAGUAGUGUGAGAAAUACAGAAAUGCAUACUGUGUAUGGAUCAGUGUUUCCGCUGCAGUCAUUUAACUGUGGUGCUGAGCAACGGCAAAAUCAUUGCCGCCACGGCAAAAAAAUAUGGAACAUGAACAAAUAUUUCUGCCUAGGCGCACUUUGAAGAUGCUAAAACAGUCCACAUUUACUUUUCCUUUGCAAAAAAAACGAGUAAUGAAUCGAAAAAUCUGACAAACCCAUAGUAGAAUAGUUUAUUUAUUUACCUGGCUGGCUUGUUGUUUUGUGUUCUUGUCCCGUGUGUUCUAUGCGAGAUAAAUAUUCCUUAAAAAUAUAUAUUUUUUGGGGGGGAGUGACUUAAAAAAUUAUAAUGAGACAUAUGACAUUUUUAUUUGAGCAAGAGUAGUAGCAACCAAGGAAAGUGUUGGGGGGGGGCGGGGAAUGGUGACAUUAAGUGGUUUCUGUGAGAAGUACAGGCGGGGGGGGGGGAUUACCCCAAGUUACCCUAACAUUAUACAUUAUAUUCACUGUGUUUAUGCAAGUUUUUUGGGACAAACAAUUAAUCAAUAUAAUGCUAAGUAGGGAAAAGAUCACAUUUGGGAUCUAGCUACUGAUUAACUCAAUAGGGUAAAUGCAGAUAGGCAACCCCAUACUUCAGCCUAUUUAUUUAUAGCCACUAUGCUUCAUCAGUUGGGCUACAGGUGAUAAUACUUAUUGCUAAUAGCAUACCUGAUAAUAUGCAUAGGCAAUAUAAAAUCAUUUUACCAAUAUGUUAUUGGGCUAAUUUCUGGAGGUGGAAAUUAUAUUAGAUGGUGUCAGCAUAAUUGUAUUUUCAUUCAUUUUGGAGGACAAUGUCCAUUUAAAAAGUCACCUGAACUGAGCUUCUCAUACCUUCUACAUAAAAGUUAUCCGGGGGUGACCCGGACCCCUAAAUACAAGGGAGGGAGUCCCCCUUCAAACCCCCGCCCCCCUCCACGACCUUUUCCCCCCACUGCUACACAUUUCUCCAGAGGUAACACUGCUGUGGAUGGUGAGUUACUGCCUCCCAGGCCUUCCGGGCCUUAGCGCUGAAGAUUAGCGUUUCUAGCACACUGGGAUAUUAAAGUUGGUUUUACUACACCCAUUAACAACCAUGGAGGGCUAUAUGCAUGUGUUAUUGAAUUCAUGUGAUGUGAGUUAUUAGGCCGCACAUCUUGAAUUUCUUCAGUAUCUGUCCGAGCGAUAUAAUCCUAGACAAUAGAGAAAACAGAGGGAGGAAUAGGAAGAAGAAGAAACAGAAAACACACACACAUAACAAUCACCAGUGCUUAAUGAAAACAAACUAAAAUUACUUUUAGUAUGCAUAGCAAGCGCUCUAUAAUCCAAUAAAGACGACGAUGAGCUUAGAGUAGUGAAAUGCACAAGCUCCAGUAGUUCCCCUGAACAGUCAGAGGCCUCUGGAUAACUAUAGGACGGACAGACAGACAGACCUGCCUUGGAGCCAUGAGCCUGCCUCUGAAGAGCCUUGAUCAGUAAUCUGGCUAACAGGACUAGCCACAGUCUAGGCUCCUGGUCGGCUGCUAUUCACAUGUUCGGAAGAAUAGGUUCAAUCCCAGAAUCCCAGUCUCUAAAAUUGCUGUUCUUGUACCAUGAGGCCUGGCAGGGGACUUUUUAAGAAAAUGGGACACCACCUGGCACAAUUUAAUCCGCCAACUAUUUCCAACCCGGAAGCGAAGUGGCAGCCUUGUACCCAGUCAGUCUAUGUUAUAGCUGCGGGCCAGCCGCUGCCAAGUUUAGAUUUCCCCACCCUUACCCCGAGAAUGAGAACAGCAUACUUAGUAGCAACCCGGAUCACAUUCAAGGCUAGGGUAUACUUGCAAGUGCAAGUGUCUUCCCUCAAUACAACAACACUAACAGCCUAGAAUCACUCUUCCUUAAAUUAUAUAAACAAAUAUCAUAAUCAGCAUUGUGUCAAAUUAGAUUAUUUUUUAUAUAUUCUUCAUCAUGUUUCUCAGUAGCAGUUAGCAUCUCUCUGUCUGUGCCCGCCUCCACCUCCUGUGAAAAACAAGGAACUGGCCAGUGGAUUAGUCUACGACAAACUUUGUGGUUUGAUGUUUAAUAACUCAUUGUGUGUGAGCUGUUCAUAGAGAAAAGAAAGGGCCACUCAGUAAACACAGACGGACAGACAGACAUACAGACAGAGGAGCUCUAAUGGCAGUGGGAUGUCUUCCUGAUCAAGCUCUUUUCCACCGUGGUCAUGACACGCUGUGAACUAGUUUGUCAGUUUGCCCUAGAGGGAGGGACCGGUUAGGCAGGAUGGAAGGAUGACAAGGCUAGCCAGACCAAACAUAACACAUCUCUCUCUUUUUUUCUCUCUCUAGCUUUCUGUCUCGCUUUCUGUCUCUAUAUGAAGAGUUUAUUUCCAAAAUGCUAUAUACACACAUUUUUCACAUUUUUUCAUCCAAAGUAAUUCUUAUCCUCUAUAUUUAACAUAUAAAUCUAUCACAUCAUAAAUCUAGCCUCAUGCUAUAGUGUUUGGUUAGAGUUAGGCCUUGUCCCAAAUGGCAACCUAUUCCCUAUAUAGUGUACUACUUUUGACCAGAGCCCAGAUCUCAUAUUGUUUUAUUGAUUCAUUUUGAAUUAUAUAUUUUUUAAUAUUGACGUCACAAAUGUAUAAUUUGUACAGUUCUUUAUUAAAAAUGAAAUUAUUCGUCACAUUUGACUGUGUAAAAUCUUGCAGUGUUACUUUGUUCUCUGAGAGUGAGGCAGUUAUAUCUCGUUUUGCAACAGUAUGUGAUUAUUUGUCUCUCUGAAAUGAAACCAUCUAGUGAUAGGUUUCAAACAACUAUAUGUCUGUCAUGAUUAGAUAGUGAAAAAACACACCAAUCUCGAUCAUAAUUACUUUAAACCAAAAAAAGCUUAAUUGAAAAUAGAUAUAUAGCAUUUUGGAAUUAAACUCUUCAUGUCCUACUGUCUCUAUCUCACUCAUCUCUCUUGUGUCCCAGUAUGAAAAAUGUAUGCACUCACUAAAACUGUAAGUCGCUCUGGAUAAGAGCGCCUGCUAAAAUGACUAAAAUGUUCCCUCCGCCCUUCUGGUCUGUUUCUCUCUCUCCUUCUCUCGCUCUGUAUCUCGUUCUGUAUCUCUCUCUUUAUCUCUCUCUGUAUCUCUCUCUUUCUCUCUCUGUGUAUCGCUCUAUCUCUCUCUGUAUCUCUCUCUCUCCCUCUCUCAGUGGAUUUGGUCUUCAGAGUGACACAGGUGUAUUCAUUCUGCUCUCCUGAAGCUCUUCAACCCACUUAACAGCUGGGUAAAAUGCUCGCCAGGCAUGGUCUAAAAGCAUUUUCUAAUUGCCGAACAAUUAUUGUGUUUAAUGAUACUUAAUUUUCAGAACGGACAGUGUGCCUUUGCAACAAAAAAAAACUAAAAAAGACCCAGUCAGCAUGGUAAAAAACAAGAAUGAGACAACAGUUUUUUUCUGUCAAUAUAAACAGCCUGUUUCUAUUAACAUCAUAAUCAGAGAGAUAGAGGCAUCAGUGCUAUUCUCUCUGGGGCUUAUUGUCAAUAUUUAGUGCUUGUCCAUUGCCGUGCAUAUACAGUAUAUACAGUGCAUUCGGAAAGUAUUCAGACCCCUUGAUUUUUUCCACAUUUUUUUACGUUACAGCCUUAUUCUAAAAUAGAUGAAAAUGUUUUUUUCCCUCAUCAAUCUACACACAAUACCCCAUAAUGACAAAGCAAAAACUGGUUUUUAGAAAUGUUUGCAAAUGUAUAAAAAAUUACAUAAGUAUUCAGACCCUUUGCUAUGAGACUCGAAAUUGAGAUCAGAUGCAUCCUGUUUCCAUUGAUCAUCCUUGAGAUGUUUCUACAACUUGAUUGGAGUCCAUCUGUGGUAAAUUCAAUUGAUUGGACAUGAUUUGGAAAGGCACACAUCUGUCUAUAUAACGUCCCACAGUUGACAGUGCAUGUCAGAGCAAAAACCAAGCCAUGAGGUUGAAGGAAUUGUCCGUAGAGCUCCGAGACAGGAUUAUGUCGAGGCACAGAUCUGGGGAAGGGUACCAAAAAAUGUCUGCAUCAUUGAAGGUCCCCAAGAACAUGGUGGCCUGCAUCAUUCUUAAAUGGAAGAAGUUCGGAACCAGCAAGACUCUUCCUAGAGCUGGCUGCCCGGCCAAACUGAGCAAUCGGGGGAGAAGGGCCUUGGUCAUGGAGGUGACCAAGAACCCGAUGGUCACUCUGACAGAGCUCCAGAGUUCCUCUGUGGAGAUGGGAGAACAUUCCAGAAGGACAACCAUCUCUGCAGCACUCUACCAAUCAGGCCUUUAUGGUAGAGUGGCCAGACAGAAGCCACUCCUCAGUAAAAGGCACAUGACAGCCCGCUUGGAGUUUACCAAAAGGAACCUAAAGGACUCUCAGACCAUGAGAAAGAAGAUUCUCUGGUCUGAUGAAACCAAGAUUGAACUCUUUAGCCUGAAUGCCAAGCGUCACGUCUGGAGGUAACCAUCCCUACGGUGAAGCGUGGUGGUGGCAGCAUCAUGCUGUGGGGUUCUUUUCAGCGGCAGGGACUGGAAGACUAGUUAGGAUCGAGGGAAAGAUGAGCGGAGCAAAGUACAGAGAGAUCCUUGAUGAAAACCUGCUCUAGAGCGCUCACGACCUCAGACUGGGGCGAAGGUUCACCUUCCAACAGGACAACGACCAUAAGCACACAGCCAAGACAACGCAGGAGUGGCUUCGGGUCAAGUCUCUAAAUGUCCUUCAGUGACCCAGCCAGAGCCCGGACUUGAACCCGAUCAAACAUAUCAGUAGAGAACUGAAAAUAGCUGUGCAGCAACGCUCCCCAUCCAACCUGACAGAGCUUGAGAGGAUCUGCAGAGAAGAAUGGGAAAAACUCCCCAAAUACAGGUGUGCCAAGCUUGUAGCGUCAUACCCAAGAAGACUCGAGGCUGUAAAGGUGCUUCAACAAAGUACUGAGCAGAGGGUCUGAAUACUAACAGUACCAGUCAAAAGUUUGGACACUCCUACUCAUUAAAGGGUUUUACUUUAUUUUUAAUUUUUUUCUACAUUGUAGAAUAAUAGCGAAGACAUCAAAACAAUGAAAUAACACAUGUGGAAUCAUGUAGUAACCUAAAUAGUGUUAAACAAAUCAAAAAAUAUUUUAUAUUUGAGAUUCUUCAAAUAGCCACCCUUUGCCUUGAUGACAGCUAUGAACACUCUUGGCAUUCAAUUAACAGGUGUACCUUGUUAAAAGUUAAUUUGUGGAAUUUCUUUCCUUCUUAAUGUGUUUGAGCCAAUCAGUUGUGUUGUGACAAGGUAGGGGGGGGUAUACAGAAGAUAGCCCUAUUUGGUAAAAGACCAAGUCCAUAUUAUGGCAAGAACAGCUCAAAUAAGCAAAGAGAAAUGACAGUCCAUCAUUACUUUAAGACAUACGGAAAAUGUCAACAACUUUGAACGUUUCCUCAAGUGCAGUCGCAGAAACCAUCAAGCGCUAUGAUGAAACUGGCUCUCAUGAGGACCACCAAAGGAAUGGAAGACCCAGAGUUACCUCUGCUGCAGAGGAUAAGUUCAUUAGAGUUACCAGCCCAAAUAAAUGCUUCACAGAGUUCAAGUCACAGGCACAUCAACUGUUCAAAGGGGACUGUGUGAAUCAGGCCUUCAUGGUAGAAUUGCUGCAAAAAAAAACACUACUAAAGGACAUCAAUAAUAAGAAGAGACCUGCUUGGGCCAAGAAACACGGGCAAUGGACAUUAGACCGGUGGAAAUCUGUCCUUUGGUCUUGAGUCCAAAUUGGAGAUUUUUGGUUCCAACCGCCGUGUCUUUGUGAGCUGCGGUGUGGGUGAACAGAUGAUCUUCGCAUGUGUAGUUCCCACCUUAAAGAAUGGAGGAGGAGGUGUUAUGGUGUGGGGGUACUUUGCUGGUGACACUGUUUGUGAUUUAUUUAGAAUUCAAGGCACACUUAACCAGCAUUGCUAUCACAGCAUUCUGCAGCGAUACGCCAUCCCAUCUGUUUUGGGCUUAGUGGGACUAUCAUUUGUUUUUCAACAGGACAAUGACCCAACACACCUCCAGGCUGUGUAAGGGCUAUUUGACCAAGAAGGAGGGUGAUGGAGUGCUGCAUCAGAUGACCUGGCCUCCACAAUUAACCCAAUUGAGAUGGUUUGGGAUGAGUCGGACCGCAGAGUGAAGGAAAAGCAGCCAACAAGUGCUCAGUAUAUGUGGGAACUCCUUCAAGACUGUUGGAAAAGCGUUCCAGGUGAAGCUAGUUGAGAGAAUGCCAAGAGUGUGCAAAGCUGUCAUCAAGGCAAACGGUGGCUAUUUGAAGAAUCUCAAAUAUAAACUAUAUUUUGAUUUGUUUAACGCUUUUUUGGUUACUACAAAAAUACUACAUAUGUGUUAUGUCAUAGUUUUGAUAUAUUCACUAUUAUUCUACAAUGUAAAAAAUUGUUAAAAUAAAUAAAAACUCUUGAAUGAGUAGGUGUGUCCAAAGUUGUGACUGGUAGUGUAUCUAAAUGUGAUUUUUCAUUUCUUUUCUUUUUUAUACAUUAGCAAAAAUGUCUAAAAACCUGUUUUUGCUUCGUCAUUAUGGAGUAUUGUGUGUAGAUUGAUGAGGGGAAAAAACGAUUUAAUCAAUUUUUGAAUAAGGCUGUAACGUAACAAAAUGUGAAAAAGAGUCAAGGGGUCUGAAUACUUUCCGAAUGCACAGUAAAAAGAAAAACGAGUAGAUGGCUGCCGUUUUACGGGCUCCUAACCAAUUGUGUUAUUGUGUGUGUGUUUUCGCGUUAUUUGUAACUUAUUUUGUACAUCAUGUUUCUGCCACCAUCUCUUAUGACCGAAAAAAGCUUUCUGGGUAUCAGGACAGCGAUUACUCACCUCGUACUGGACAAAGAUUUUUUCUUUAACGAGUCGGACACAAAAAAUAUUUUCUUCAGACACCCGACUUGUCCCAAAUCCCCGUCAUUCGCAUGAGAAAGAGACAGAGAUAUUGUUGACGUAGGUCGGGGUUCCUUGUAAGGAUCCGACGGCGAGUGGGUAAUCUGCCCACUAGUUUAUAUAGUGUCAAAGGACACACGCAGGUGUCUGUAAUCAUGGCCGGGUGUGGCCUAAUAGCAUUGGUUAAUUCACAGAUAAACAGAACAUACAAAAAAACAUGGAUAGCAUACGAUCAUAGAUACAACUUGGCUACAUAGGCCCACAAACAUUUACAAUGAAUAGCAAAAUCACAAUAAUCACAAGAAUGGCUUCAAAUCAAAGUCUACGUUGAGACCGAAGGGAGCAAAGGUCUUUAAAUUAAAGAUCCAGGCAGCCUCACGUUUUAACAAUAAGUUGUUGAGGUCACCCCCUCUCCUAGGGAGGGUGACAUGUUCGAUGCCGAUAUAACGUAGGGACGAAAUCGAGUGGUUCGCUUCCAAAAAGUGGGCAGCGACUGGGUAUGUGGCGUUUUUGCACCUAAUGGUGCUACGAUGCUCCGAGAUUCAUACUUUUAAUUUGCGCUUUGUUUUACCCACGUAAUGUUUACCACAAGGACAAGUUAUAAGAUAAAUAACUGCCUUAGUGGAGCACGUAAUAACACCUUUGAUUGGGAUCUGUUUCCCUGUUUGGGGGUGUUUAAAGGAUCUACAUUUGUAAGUGCCAUUGCAUUGAGCGCAGCCGUUACACUUGUAGUUUCCAUCCAGUAGAGGCGCAAAUAGACGUUGUGCAGGGAUAUUUAGGGGUGAUAAAUCCAAGUUUACCAAUUGAUCUCUGAGGUUUCUGCCCCGCGAGAAUACAACCAAUGGAGGGUCCGAAAACACAUUACCAAUACUGUCAUCGGAUCUUAGAAUGUGCCAAUGUUUGUGAACGAUUCCCUUCAUUUGUUCAGAGCACUUUGAAUAGUGUGUAGUUAGAACGCAAUAAUGCUUAUUUUUGCGAGACUGUCCCUGAAAGAGAUGAAGUCUCGAUUUGUUUUGAACUUUCUCAAUGGCAGUAUUAAUCUGACCAUGUAACCCCUCUCCUUUUACAAAUUAUUUUGAUUCAACAGAAUUGGCUGUAGGGCAAACUGUUUUUCAAGGGAAGCGGGUGACAACUAUCAGCCCUCAACAAACUGUUACGAUCAGUAGGUUCAUGUAAAGAUCAGUGUAUAGAACAUUAUCCUCACACAAAAUCAGAAGAUCAAGGAAACUGAUUUGACGUGUGUCAGAUUGCAUAGUAAAUCUCAGGUGCUCAGAACAAGAGUUAAGAAAAGCAUGGAAUGCCUGGAGCUGUUUUAAAUCACCCCUCCAUAGAACAAAAAUAUCAUCAAUGUACCGUUUCCAAAUAAUAAUGUUAGGCAAGAAAACAUUUUUGAGAGGAUUGAAAAUGUACUGUUUCUCAAUGUAACCCACAUACAAAUUAGCAUAGUUAGGAGCCAUAGGGGAUCCCAUAGCAGUCCCCACAGUGACCAUACAUACAUAACCCAACCAGAAUUCAUGGAUUACAGGCAACAUUCGCACUGAGCUAAAGGGUAGAGCUGCGACUUUCAACGAGCGGGACUCUAACCCAGACGCUUAUAAGAAAUCCUGCUAUGCCCUCCAAUGAACCAUCAAACAGGCAAAACGUCAAUACGGGACUAAGAUUGAAUCGUACUACACCGGCUCCGACAUUCGUUGGAUGUGGCAGGGCUUGCAAACUAUUACAGAAGGGAAGCUGCCCAGUGACACGAGCCUACCAGACAAGCUAAAUUACUUCUAUGCUCGAGGCAAGUAACACUGAAGCGUGCAUGAGAGCAUCAGCUGUGCCGGACGAUUCUAUGAUCACGCUCUCCGUAGCGAUGUGAGUAAGACCUUUAAACAGGUCAACAUUCACAAGGCCGCAGGUCCAGACGGAUUACCAGGACGUUUACUCCAAGCAUGCGCUGACCAACUGGCAAGUGUCUUCACUGACAUUUUCAACUUGUCCCUGACUGAGUCUGUAAUACCAACAUGUUUCAAGCAGACCACCAUAGUCCCUGUGCCCAAGAACACUAAGGUAACCUGCCUAAAUGACUACCGACCCGUAGCACUCACGUCUGUAGCCAUGAAGUGCUUUGAAAGGCUGGUCAUGGCUCACAUCAACACCAUUAUCCCAGAAACCCUAGACCCAUUCCAAUUUGCAUACCGCCCCAACAGAUCCACAGAUGACUCAAUCUCUAUUGUACUCACCCCUGCCCUUUCCAACCUGGACAAAAGGAAAACCUACGUGAGAAUGCUGUUCAUUGACUACAGCUCAGCGUUCAACACCAUGGUGCCCUCAAAGCUCAUCACUAAGGUAAGGACCCUGGGACUAAACACCUCCCUCUGCAACUGGAUCCUGGACUUCCUGACGGACCGCCCCCAGGUGGUAAGGGUAGACAACAACACAUCUGCCACGCUGAUCCUCAACACGGGGGCCCCUCAGUGGUGCGUGCUUAGUCUCAACCUGUACUCCCUGUUCACCCAUGACUGCGUGGUCAAGCACGACUGCAACACCGUCAUUAAGUUUGUCUACGACACAACGGUGGUAGGCCUGAUCACCUACAACGAUGAGACAGCCUAUAGGGAGGAGGUCAGAGACCUGGCCGUGUGGUGCCAGGAUAACAACCUCUCCCUCAACGUGAUCAAGACAAAGGAGAUGAUUAUGGACUAUAGGAAAAAGAGGACUGAGCACGCCCCCAUUUUCAUAGACGGGGCUGUAGUGGAGCAGGUUGAUAGCUUCAAGUUCCUUGGUGUCCACAUCGCCAACAAACUAUCAUGGUCCAAAGACACCAAGACAGUUGUGAAGAGGGCACAAAAAAGCCUGUUCCCCCUCAGGAGACUGAAAAGAGAUCCUCAAAAAUUCUACACCUGCACCAUAGAGAGCAUCCUGACUGGUUGCAUCACUGCAUGGUAUGGCAACUGCUCGGCCUCCGACCGCAAGGCACUACAGAGGGUAGUGCGUACGGCCCAGUACAUCACUGGGGCCAAGCUUCCUGCAAAUCAAGGCCUCUAUACCAGGCAGUGUCAGAAUAAGGCUGUAACGUAACAAAAUGUGGACACCACUUCAAAUUAGUGGAUUCGGCUAUUACAGCCACAACUGGUGUAUAAUAUUGAGCACACAGCCAUGCAAUCCCCAUUGACAAACAUUGGAAGUAGAAUGGCCCGUACUGAAGAGCUCAGUGACUUUCAACGUGGCACAGUCAUAGGAUUCCAACAAGUCAGUUCAUCAAAUUUCUGCCCUGCUAGAGCUGCCCCAGUCAACUCUAAGUGCUGUUAUUGUGAAGUGGAAACAUCUAGGCACAACAACGGCUCAGCCACGAAGUGGUAUGCUGUCUUGAUGAGUGAGAACGUGAUGACUUGUUUGUAGCACCACACGGCUCCACACGGCGGGCGGAUGCCAUCAUGACCCCUUUCUCCCGGCGCUAGCGCUAUCUUGCUAUCAACAGCCAGGCGACAGACUGUUCCCAUGAGCCGCCGUCUAUGGCCAGACAGCCAUACAGCUAUACAGCUAUACAGACAUACCCGUACAUUUACAUUUUAGUCAUUUAGCAGACGCUCUUAUCCAGAGUGACUUACAGUUAGUGAGUGCAUACAUUUUUCAUACUGGCCCCACGUGGGAAACGAACCCACAACCCUGUCGUUGCAAGCACCAUGCUCUACCAACUGAGUUACAGGGGACCUACAUAUGGAUAGAUACUGUAUACAUAUUCACUACCAUUGUCACUAUUAGUUAUCUGAAUGAGCCAUACAGCCAACCAACCAUACAGUCAUACAGAUAUACGUAUUACCCUACCAGUGUUACCAUUUGGUCUAAUAUAGCCUUAAAUACAUUGAGACAUGGAUUGUGUGUGUGUGCCAUUCAGAGGGUGAAUGGGCAAGACAAAAUACUUAAAUGCCUUUGAACAAGGUAUGGUAGUAGGUGCCAGGCGCACCGGUUUCAGUGUGUCAAGAACUGCAACGCUGCUGGGUUUUUCACACUCAACAGUUUCCCGUGUUUAUCAAGAAUGGUCCACCACCCAAUGGACAUCCAGCCAACUUGACACAACUGUGGGAAGCAUUGGAGUCAACAUGGGCCAGCAUCCCUGUGGAACGCUUUCGACACCUUGUAGAGUCCAUGCCCCGACUAAUUGAGGCUGUUCUGAGGGCAAAAGGGGGUGCAACUCAAUUUUAUUAUUAUUAUUAUUCCUAAUGUUUUGUACACUCAGUGUAUAUAUCCCCCUACCGUUAGGUAAAUGACCUAGCCAUCUGAACCACUUUACAUACAGGACUCCAGCCAAUACCUGCAGGCUAGUCGCAUGCAGCUGGAGCCAUACAUUUAUACAUAAUGUAGCAAUACAGUUGUACUCACACCAUCAUAGCCAUAUGUAACAGCAUGGUUUAAUCAUAUCCUUCGCUGUUAGUAAAGCUAUAGUGCUCUCCUAUAAAAUACAGGGAAAUCUUAAACAUUCACACGUCCCAUCUGUGGCAUGUGCAAAUAUGUAUUGCAUUCUUAUAAAAUUACGCAUUUUAUUUUCAAACAAGCAUCUUUGAAAAGGGAUAAAAUAUGACAGUCUGUUUGAUAAGAGGCCUUUAGAAAGGGUCUAAAUGAUUGUUUGUGCAUCCUCAAUGACCAAAUCCUGGUGCUGUGUUACUUAGAUUAACCUGAGUCUCACUCUGCAACAUUACAGUACAUCAAUUUGUAGGUUGGGAAUGUUUUAAAUGGCUUCUGCUGCCAAGUAAAAAGAAAGUCAUGCAUAUGAAAUCAAGCAGCAGGCCUUAACUGAAAGAUGUGUCCCUGUCGUCUCUCAAGAAUGAAUGCUACAUCUGAGCUUCAGAAGUUUCAUGGGAGAGAAAGAUGGCAGAUAUAUAACUACCUCCUCUGUACAUGAGAUAUUCUCAUGUUUCAUUUCUACUGACCUGCAGUGUUUUUCCCUUCAUCUUGCAUAUAACAGGGGACACUCCUGGUCCUCUGUAGCUCCUGGUCCUCUGUAGCUCAGCUGGUAGAGCACGGCGCUUGUAACGCCAAGGUAGUGGGUUCGAUCCCCAGGACCACAUGUACACAAAAAAAAUGUAUGCACGCAUGACUGUAAGUCGCUUUGGAUAAAAGCGUCUGCUAAAUGGCUUAUUAUUAUAUACGGGGACGGCUUACGUUACUUACAUACAACACCGACUGCGCAUAACACCGUCUACAGGAUAUCUCAAAUAGGUUCCUUUACAAACGCAGUAUUUCUUUAUUUAUUUCCUUGAACAGAGAGGCGACCGACCAUCAGCGCUAUUACAGAAGUCUGUGCCAUCAAUUUCAAAGUAUACAGACAUGAAUUGCUUGCACAGAUGGAUGAUCCCACUACCCCCUAUACUCCAUCCCUUCCAGUCUCACUUCCUCCACCCCCACUUCCCCACCUCCCCCCUCUCAAUUUCAUUGCACUCAGUUGGUUGAUCUCCUUUGAGCCACUAACUUUGUGUGGGGGAUGAAGGGGGAUGGAAUCUACAAUCAAGCAGGUCGAAGUAGGUUUGUAAUGAGAUGAGAUGCUGUGUCUGUUAUGGUGUGUUGUGUCCCAGUUGUUGUAGCUUGAUAUCUUUAGGAAACCCACAAUACAACACAAAGGGCUCAGUGGAGUUGACAGACACAUUGAGAAGGUGUUUGGAUAUUCAUACAGAUGCAUGCUUUGCUUUCCUCCCUGCUCAGCUCUCCUCUGCUUUCUUCAACUUGAGCAGGCGCAUAACAAGCUGUCAUGUGUCUGAAAAGCCUGUAUAUGUGUUGAAUUUUAAAGCUUUUGAGAGAAACAUUGCGUGCGUCCUUUAAUCUUCCCUGUGUGUAUUCUUCUUUUUUAUUGCAGUAAUUGUGUUUCAAGCGAAAUUUAACACGCAUUGACUCAAACGUGUGGUGGCUGGCGAAUGCACACCCUACCCUACCCUACCUGUCUAUUGGCAGCUGCACUAAUUCUACUUUCUUUGAAGAACCCUCUCUCUCUUUCGCGAGAGUCAUUGUUUUGAGGAGUGUUAUUUAUUUCCCUACUCUUUAUCUAUUUCUGUUUUCUGACAGGCCCCUCAGAAAACUAGAGUUUAUUUUGGUGUCGGGAUCAGAGAGUUUUUCCUGUGCAAUGCCCCAUUGUGUGUGGUACAGGGGUUAAUGGGUGGGUGGUGUUAAUGGGGGUGGGAAGGUAGGUGGAGUGAGGGGGAUACUGUCUGCUUAAUCUAUUGAUAAUGAGAAAUGUUUUGUCUGUUUGUCAAUAUAUAGAAAUCUGAAAUACAAGUCGGCUGUGUCCAUAUGGAAUUUUUAUUAAUAGUGUAUUUCACUUAAGGACCAAAGGAUUGACAGCCGUCCCAUAUAGAUUGCAAAAUAGUUGGGAAGAGAUCUUUGACGUACCGAUCCCAUGGCAUAGUGUUUAUGAACUGACACGCAAAACGACACCGGAUUCAAAAAUUAGAAUCUUUCAAUUUAAAUUAUUAUAUAAAAUUCUUGCUACCAAUAGAAUGUUAUUUAUAUGGGGGAUACAAUCUUCCCAGCUCUGCAGAUUUUGCUGUGAAGAGACAGAAUCAUUAGAUCAUUUGUUUUGGUUCUGUCCAUUUGUAGCUUGUUUUUGGACACAGGUCCAGGAAUGGCUAAAGGAUUGCAAUAUUUACCUGGAACUAACCUUGCAGAUAGCAUUACUGGGUGAUCUGAAAAGUCAUAGUCAAUCAAUCAAUAAUAUAAUAAUACUUUUAGCAAAAAUGUUUAUUUUUAAUUCACAAUCUAUAGAAGCAAUGAGAAUAGAAAGGUUCAGAACUUUUGUAAAACAUCACAGUACGGUUGAAAUAUAUAUGGCAAAUAGAAAUCCUAUAUGGAUGGUGUUAAGAGAUAGAUGGGAGGUAUUGAAUAGAGUUGAAGGAUGGGACUAAUAACAAAUAACAACAAAUAAUAACAAAGAUAGCUAAUAAUGUAAGCAUACUGUGUCCAUAAUAAGUAUAUAGGUUGUAUGUUGGGAGCUUUUGGGAAAGAGCACAGUUAGAAAGAUAUGGCAUUUAGAAGCAAACCGGAUGGACAUCAUGAAAAUGAUCGGAGAGGUUGAGAGUAGAAGACGUUCAGGAGCAAAAAAAAAAAUAUAUAUAUAUAUAUAUAGAAUUAUUGUAAAAUUAACUCUGUCCAUAAGGUGUAGAUAGUAAGUAUAGACUGGAAGUAGAGGCCUGGGCGUUGUUGUUCACUAAUUUACUCCAAGUAGGGAAAGGAUGGUGGGGUUGAAAAGUAAUAAAGGGGAAUAUAUAUAUAAAAAAUAAAAAUAAACAUGGGGGAUUGGAAGUGAUGCAGACAAUAUUGAUAGAAGAUACAAUCUAUCUGCAAUAUUAAGCUGAUCCAUUCCCCCCGAGAAAAAAAAAAAAAAAAAAAAAAAAAAAAAAUAUAUAUAUAUAUAUAUAUAUAACAAAAAUAGUGUAUUUCAAUUACAUUCCCAGCAGAAAUUUGAUAUUUUUUUGAAUCAGAUUCAAUGUUCAUAUUCAUUUUCUUCGUAUGGUUUUAUGUGGGAGAACAACUUGGAUGUCAAUCUGUGGUAUACUGAUUAGGCCUAUACAAUUGGUGUUAACAGUAUUGCUAGACAACUUAAUGUACGUUCCACCAAGUAUGCGUGUAUCUGAGUGUGUUUGUGUGUUUUCGUUAGCCUUAGUAAAUCACUGGUUUUCUCUUUGAGAGAGAGAGAGGGGCAGACUAUCAGCUAUCUUAUUCUGGUCUUCUCCAGAGAGACUCAGACUCACCUUCCUUUGUCCCCCCCCCCCCCUCCAAGAGCCGACCUUUCAUCUCCUCACACUUCCCCUUUCGCCGCCCCUCCAUCUCCCCACGUCUCACCUCGCAAAGCGCAUAGUGCAUGAAUCCCAUUUGCUUGCUCCCUGCCUACCCAGCCUUCCUCCUUGUGCAGCACACAACUGUUCUUUAUGCGUUGUGACAUAAUUGCAUGGAGAGUGGGGACUGUUCCAAUGUCCCGUUCAUUGUUGUAUUUUUCUCUGUCUUCUUUCUUGAGCACAUUGUGGGUAGCCUAAAUGCACCACUCUAAAGACAUUAAGCAUGUUCUUUCUAUUUUCACUUACUAUGGACAAGCUAACCACGUUUUGUUAUAAGCAUUUAACGUCACAGAAGCAGCCGUAUUGCCUCUCGCAGUGUGUGUGUGUGUGUGUGUGUGUGUGGGUGCGUAUGUGUGCACGUCCGUGUGCAUGUUUGUGUGUGUGGUUACUUUUGUAAUUGGAUGCAGUGGACCAUAUCAGUCUUUACCUGGGGUAGUCAUUUGCAUCAGUUUGAUCGACAGGGAGGCUAUGCAAAGCAGGCACAAGUGUCAUCUCUUCCAGUAAAAGUGGGGAGAGAGUAGUUCAAUACCUCAAUAAGCUUUUCUCCUGGCAAAUUAGCGGUUUUUAAUUGCAUAAAAGUAAUUUUAUGAUAAUUGCAGCCAAAGUACUCUAACUCAGAGUCAGUGCCAAAGAUCUGAUGGUAUCACAUUUAUGACAUAGAACAGCACACAACAUACAAUAGUAUUGAUUGGUUUUGUUAUAUUGCCAAUAGGCUGUUUGUUGAAUCCAAGUGUUAUUCAGGUUUAUAUCUAAGGGACAUUCAGAGUAACAGACUGCCUCGAUGUCUGGACACUUGUCUGCAAAUUACUAGUUCAACAGAUAGUGGGAACUAGUGCAUGUAAUUGGGAAUAUUCAUUGUAUUCUGUCAGAGUGCCUUGAUCCUCAGACGAUGUGCGUGCCACUGUGUAGGCUAACAGGGAGAGACAGUCUGUCUGUGCCGUUACUCAACACCGAGGUCGGUCUGGGGGGGCUGAAUUAUUUUUAAAUAUUUAAUGAGAUACCAUUGCGGGAUUAUAAGACACUUAUAAUAAGAAUGAUCUCUUUUAGGCAGAGCAAUUCGCAGGCCCAAGGAUUCAUCUGGCUGUGUUGGGGCUGUGGCGUGUCACGUGUGUGAUUACAGGGCCACCUAACGGGUGUUCCCUCUGUCAUGCGUGACGUUUAUUAUUUGCGGUGGAUGGAGCUGGCUGGCGGCUCUGAGAGAGUGUCAUUUAAUGAACUGCAUGUCGAGCACAAGUGCAGGAGGUUGGACAAUUUGUCAGAAUUUAAUCAUGCCCAAAUAUACAGGCGUGUUAAUUUGAUCAGAAUUGAUAAUGUGCAAAUGGCUCCCUCUCUCUCUCACGGAGCUCUUGGGAAAUCUCCUUUAUUUUCUUACUCUUUAAGCCCUUUGUCCGUUACAAAUCAAAGUUCUAUUGCUCUCUUUGAUUCAGGUUCUUUAUCCUGCAUAAAACACUGGGUGGUUCGAGCCCUGAAUGCUGAUUGGCUGAAAGCCGUGGUAUAUGAGACCGUAUACCAUGGGUAUGACACAUUCUUUUUUUUUUACUGUUCUAAUUACGUUGGUAGCCAGUUUAUAAUAGCAAUAAGGCACCUCGGGGGGUUGUGGUAUAUGGCCAGUAUACCACGGCUAAGGGCUGUUCUUAUGUACGACGCAACACAGAGUGCCUGGAUACUGCCCUUAGCCGUGGUAUAUUGCCAUAUACCACAAACCCCCAAGGUGCCUUAUUGCUUUUAUCCUCAGGCCUUAUUGCUUUAUUAUCAUAGCGCUGCUUUGUGCUAGCUUUAUCUCCCAGUGAUAAAUUAAUUUAGAACUUAUAGUCAUCUAAUUAAAUAGAUGUAUUCAUUAUUUGGUCAUCACAAGCUCUCAAUCACUUUAUGAUGACUAUUCAAAUGAUGUAAAAAGGUCAAGAGCUGUUCCUUGUUACCUUUGCUAAACCACUGAAGUAGUUUGGUCUGUUUUAUAUUCACCACUCUGUUUUAUAAGUGGUGUAAAUCCCACUCCUAACCGCCACAGAAAUGAUGGCAAGUCCAGUUUGAUUUAAUUUAACACUCAAAAUGCCUUCAAAGCAUAGAUGACUUGACAAAUAGUUAAUUUCCCCUACCCAUCCCUACAAAUGUCAUUGUCAAGUGAAGCUCAGUAGCUCACCCAUGUCAAACACCUGAGAGGUGCAGUGCCUGAAACUUGGCAGAAACGCUGCAACACUUGGGGAUGAUGGGUUUUUGGCUGGAAUGAGCAAACAGGCACGUUAAAAAAAUUCACCCGCUCACUGAACGGAAAUGCUGAAAUACUGCUGAACGCCAGUCUGUCCGUUUCCACACCUCCAUAGAAAGAGAAUAUCUCCCAACAAGCUGCUGUGCUGAGAGGUCAUUUGAAUUGGGUGGUGAUGCAAAUCGUGUCUGGUUGAGUUUGCAGAUGCCGCUGCCCUUUAUUUUGUACAUCUGCCACAUACUUCCUGACAGCGGCAAUACCAUUUUCUCUCUACAUGUCUAUCUGGGGUUUAAUUUAUGAUAAUGCUACCCCUCAAUCAGAAGAUCUGAGCCUUUGAGUGUGUUCAGCCUAUUGAUCAUUCUCGAUCUCAGCCACACGCCACUGUCUGUCGAUAGUGAAUCUAGACAAUUGAAUUGAGCAUUUCAUUUGAGUUUACUGCCACUGAUUAGAAGCACACAGGGGAUUGAUUGUUUGGUUUAGGAUGUUUCUGAAUACCCCAUACAGGUACAAACAUAUUAAGGGACUCUUUCAAGUCUAAUUAGGUGUCAAAGCCUUCGCUUCAGUUUGCGGCCCAGCCAGUGUGUCGUGCCAUUGGCUAACAUCAGCCAGCAUGUUGUCGCACUUUUGUCUGAUGGAUAGUGUUUACCAUGGUAGAAGACAGUGAAAGAGGAGACCAGAGAGCAGGCCAUUAUUUUAACGCUGUCAACAGUUCUGACCUGGGGUGGGAGGUGUGAGAGAGACACAGCCGUCGCCACUGGUGUCAAAUGUUUUGUCCCCAACCCCUGGGAUAAUGACUUAUAUCGUCCCUUGGGAAGACAACAGAGUACAGUACAGGACACACACACACACACACACAUACACAAACACACAUACCACACCACUAGUGCUGCGCGAUUAGUGCUUUUUGAGGUCAGUUUGGUUUCAGUUCGAUUAUUUAAAAAAUAAUCACGGUUUUCUAUUUUGGUUUUGAUUAUUUUGUUUAACAUUAAAUGCACUAUUCAUUAUAUGGGUUGAAUGCCAUCCCAUGAUGGUAGUGACUGCCCAUUACUGCUUAUCACUUAUUACUUAAAUAUUUCAGUUGUUGUGUAUAUUAUAUUUGUUUUAUUUGAUGACUUUAUUGUUUCAUUCCAAGUAAUCAUCUCAUCUCUAUAGAGCUGCUGCCUAUGCUGUCUGACAAAAUCACUAUUUUAGUAGUUCUUCAAAGUAAAUAAGGCAUACAGUGGGGAAAAAAAGUAUUUAGUCAGCCACCAAUGGUGCAAGUUCUCCCACUUAAAAAGAUAGGUACACGUCAACUAGGUACACGUCAACUAUGACAGACAAAUUGAGGAAAAUAAAUCCAGAAAAUCACAUUGUAGGAUUUUUAAUGAAUUUAUUUGCAAAUUAUGGUGGAAAAUAAGUAUUUGGUCAACUACAAACAAGCAAGAUUUCUGGCUCUCACAGACCUGUAACUUCUUCUUUAAGAGGCUCCUCUGUCCUCCACUCGUUACCUGUAUUAAUGGCACCUGUUUGAACUUGUUAUCAGUAUAAAAGACACCUGUCCACAACCUCAAACAAUCACACUCCAAACUCCACUAUGGCCAAGACCAAAGAGCUGUCAAAGGACGCCAGAAACAAAAUUGUAGACCUGCACCAGGCUGGGAAGACUGAAUCUGCAAUAGGUAAGCAGCUUGGUUUGAAGAAAUCAACUGUGGGAGCAAUUAUUAGGAAAUGGAAGACAUACAAGACCACUGAUAAUCUCCCUCGAUCUGGGGCUCCACGCAAGAUCUCACCCCGUGGGGUCAAAAUGAUCACAAGAACGGUGAGCAAAAAUCCCAGAACCACACGGGUGGACCUAGUGAAUGACCUGCAGAGAGCUGGGACCAAAGUAACAAAGCCUACCAUCAGUAACACACUACGCCGCCAGGGACUCAAAUCCUGCAGUGCCAGACGUGUCCACCUGCUUAAGCCAGUACAUGUCCAGGCCCGUCUGAAGUUUGCUAGAGUGCAUUUGGAUGAUCCAGAAGAGGAUUGGGAGAAUGUCAUAUGGUCAGAUGAAACCAAAAUAUAACUUUUUGGUAAAAACUCAACUCGUCGUGUUUGGAGGACAAAGAAUGCUGAGUUGCAUCCAAAGAACACCAUACCUACUGUGAAGCAUGGGGGUGGAAACAUCAUGCUUUGGGGCUGUUUUUCUGCAAAGGGACCAGGACGACUGAUCCGUGUAAAGGAAAGAAUGAAUGGGGCCAUGUAUCGUGAGAUUUUGAGUGAAAACCUCCUUCCCUCAGCAAAGGCAUUGAAGAUGAAACGUGGCUGGGUCUUUCAGCAUGACAAUGAUCCCAAACACACCGCCCGGGCAACGAAGGAGUGGCUUCGUAAGAAGCAUUUCAAGGUCGUGGAGUGGCCUAGCCAGUCUCCAGAUCUCAACCCCAUAGGAAAUCUUUGGAGGGAGUUGAAAGUCCGUGUUGCCCAGCGACAGACCCAAAACAUCACUGCUCUAGAGGAGAUCUGCAUGGAGGAAUGGGCCAAAAUACCAGCAACAGUGUGUGAAAACCUUGUGAAGACUUACAGAAAAUGUUUGACCUGUGUCAUUGCCAACAAAGGGUAUAUAACAAAGUAUUGAGAAACUUUUGUUAUUGACCAAAUACUUAUUUUGCAAAUAAAUUCAUUAAAAAUCCUACAAUGUGGUUUUCUGGAUUUUUUUUCCUCAUUUUGUCUGUCAUAGUUGACGUGUACCUAUGAUGAAAAUUACAGGCCUCUCUCAUCUUUUUAAGUGGGAGAACUUGCACAAUUGGUGGCUGACUAAAUACUUUUUUUCCCCACUGUACUUUUAUGACUGCUGAAUACCAACUAUCAAUCACUUAGAUCAGGGAGGUCAAACUCAUUCCAUGGAAGGUCUAGUGUCUGCAGGUUUUAGUUUUUUCCUUUCAAUUAAGACCACAACCAGGGAGUUCUUUACUAAUUAGAGACCUUAAUUCAUCAAUCAAGUACAAGGAAGGAGCGAAAACCUGCAAACACUCGGCCCUCCGUGGAAUGAAUUUGACACGUGACUUAGAUAAUGUAUUUUCAGGUAGAGAUCCCUCAUGAAGCAACUACUCCCUAUCCCUCAAUUGUGCAUUCUUCUGUCUCUUUUACAUAGCAGGUGUAAAAGAAACACAGACUCGACAAGUAGGUGCGCAAUGGAUUAUGGUCAUUGUAGUUAAUUACCACGUUUUCUGCACUAAACUAUGAAGAAUAUUGGCCUGUUGGAAACUCCCAGCCAGACCCUGCUGUCAGGAACAACCCGGCGACAGUCCCCUUUCUGUUUGCUGAUAAAAUGAGUGAUGAUAAAAAAACUUACGAGCCCCAAUUAAAACAUGCCCACAUUUGAGACCUCACCAAUCAUUGUUUUCUCUUGGCCAUAACGUUUUUUAUGACAGAGGUAUUCUGACAGAAAUGAUCAAGGAGGUAAAAUGAAAAGCUUUGAAGUCCUGGGUUUCAGAUCAAAAGCCCCGGCUAAUGCCCCAUUACAGGUUGCACUCAGGCACUUUAGUGGCCAGCCCCCUCGUGAUCCAGUAAUGCAGCCAACAAAAAUAUGUUCCCUCUCUCUGCUUGGCUCCAUUUCUAGCCCUGGACCCUGCCUUCCUCACCAGGGGUUUAACUGAUCAGCUGAUGAUGGCAAGGUUGAUGGCCUUCCUUCUUCUUUCAAGGUUUUGUAUUAGAGCCAGAUGUUCUGAGUGCAGUUAGAGUACUGGUAUAUUAAAGUAAGGUCUUAUACAGGUAUAGGACCUGUUUGAACUGCUUUUACCAUGUUUAUUGUUUUGUUUUUCCAUCUGAGUGGACUCAGUAAUGGCCCUUAUAUUGUACCAGAGUGGUUUUCAAAAGGUGAUUUCAGUUAUUUCAGUGCAGAGUUAAGGGUAAUAGCUUUUCACUUUCUUCCAUGUUUUUGAAAAUUUGAUUUGAUGUCAGUGGUACUGUGUGUCUGUAUGUGAGAGUGAGACUGUUGGCUCUAUUUUUGUUUGUGUGGGUGUCUGUUUGUUUCAAUAUGUUUUAUGAGUGAAAUAAUAUCAUUUUAUGUUGGCAGUGAAUCUAAAGUUCCUUUCACAUUCAUUAGUUUUGGCAAAAUUGUAUUUCUAUUAUAUAUUGUUAUUUUCCAUUGAUGGCACAGUAUUUCCAUUGAUGUCACAGUAUUUCUAUUGCUGGCACAGUAUUUCCAUUGAUGGCACAGUAUUUCCAUUGAUGGCACAGUAUUUCCAUUGAUGGCACAGUAUUUCCAUUGCUGGCACAGUAUUUCCAUUGCUGGCACAGUAUUUCCAUUGAUGGCACAGUAUUUCCAUUGAUGGCACAGUAUUUCUUGAAUUGUUCCCAACCUUCUAUUCCAGGGCUGGCCCGUGUCAAAUUCUCAGUGCCUCAGAAGUGAUGGCACUUUAACAGUACUGUAGCCCAGUUGAAAGGGAUGCAGAAGGCUGUGUAACAUUGGCCAAAUGUGUUUCCCUCCACUGUAUGGUCACUGGGAAAUAACCUUGGUUAUACACACUGCUGCAGGAAGGUCCAAUGAAUGUGGACACGGAAAGUGGCUUAUUAUUCACAAUCUGAUUUUGAAAAGGCAUCUUAGGAUCCGCCCUUCUGGCAUCUAUCCUCACAUAGAUUGCUUUUCCUUGCACUCCUUCUCUUUCCCUUCUUCCCUCGCUCCUUCCAUCCCUCUCUCAUGGAAGGCGUUAGCCGGCAGAUUGGACAGAGUGAGCAAUGUUCAGCAGUUAAAAAUUGAACAAGGGUAGAGAGCAAUUAAAACUGGAUGACCUUUAUGGGAGGUGGGGGGCUGUUAAAGACACAAAGUUCAACAGUGUUAUUUCUAAUAACAUUGAUUUAACGUUGUCCAAAGGGUUCUGGGCGGUGCCGGCCCAGCCAGCUACAGUCAAAUCCCAACGGGAGGAGGAGAGGUUACAGGGGUUUUAUAUGGACACACACACUGGCCCCUCCGUUAGCCCCAUCAUCGUUUUACAGUUAAAACUACAGUUGUAAUUCUUCAAAUAAAUACGUUUUCAUUAUCUCCCUUUGAUCUCAGAGAGAGCGAAGGAGAUGUGAAACAUGCUCAAGGUUAUAUUAUGCUACUGGUGAGCUCCUUCGAAGAAGUGGGUAUUUUUACUUCAAUGCGUUAUCUGUCCGUUUCACGUGGUCAGAAGAAACUCAGGACACUACUAAGCAGAGUGAAAGACAGUGGUAAGUGUUAGCUCCCUAGUAGUUAAAAUGAGUGUAAUAUUAUCAUAUUGGUCUGAUAUUCUCCAUUCACGUGGAUGUAUUAGCAUUGAGUUACCUACUAGCUAGCCAUGCUAAAGUCUUCAUAAAGAGCUGUAGGGAGCUACUUGACAUCCUAUUAAUAAUAUGGUCAGUUUAAUAUCCUCCAAAAGCCUGAGCCGCUGUAUCAAGCGGCCAUCCUGAUCGCUCCGCUCGCAGAACCCAAAUCCCAGUAGCUAUGUUGCUGAUUAGUAUAGAAGGAUGUAGCUUAGCCGUUAUCAGCUCUUGGCGCCAAUGACACAGUAAUCCAGCUAGGCGCUAGAUGCUGUGGCACCAGAAAACACACACUAGAAUUAUGUAAUUUACCAAACAAAGACUGAUGGACUUCUAAAUAUGUGGUAUCUCCUUGAGCCUUUCAAAGUGACCCGUUUAGACCAGUCAGAACUUUCCUCCUCCAGCAGCAGCUAACAGGCAGCAUUUCAUUCGGUGACUAAAAGCUCUUCAAAAGCCUUCAUAAUAAGAGGUUCUCAUAUGAUGAUGUAACCUAACAAGGAGAAGACUAAGGCUAAUUUCGACAUGCUAGCUGUAGAAAACAGCAAUUAAAGAAAGGUGGUAUCAAUGCAAUUUGUUAGUGUGUUUUCAUCCUUUAAUUGAAGCCUCUGUUUCAGGAGGGGACUAGAUAUUCUGCAAUAACACAUAAUUGUUGUGGGUGUUGGUCACCAUUAGAAAGUAAGGCUGCUGGCUAUAGCGUAGCCCAUGUGACUUCAUAGCCUUUUCAUUUUCCAUACGCUCUUAUCCAGUGCAACUUAAAGUUAGUGAGUUCAUACAUUUUUCAUACUGCCCCCCCGUGGGAAUCGAACCCACAACCCUGGCAUUGCAAACGCCAUGCUCUACCAACUGAGCUACAGAGGGCCUUCUUCACAAGUUUAUUUUGCAGAAAGACAUUAUUGGAGGAAGUCGACAUUCUCCAUGUUUCUUUCAUGUGAAUGUUGUACAUAUUUUAGUCAGAGCCUUAAACACAUGGCACUCCAUGGUGUUUGAAGUGCUCUGCAUUAGUAAAACCCCUUCCAGCAAGGCUGAAGUCUGGCAAAGCCUAGCCUCAUCUUCGUACCAUCCAGACAUCAACUGUAAACGGUUUACUUUCUCUCAAGAGUUUCCUUUUACUGAACACAGGGUUAUUGCUGCUCAAGCCUCAUCUCCCUCACAAUAAAUGGGUUUUUAGAUUCUUAAGAUGGGAAAAAAGUUUGAGAAAAAACUAAGCUAUAGACACUUACCAGCUAAAAUGGCAGUUGUUUGCUUAUUACCCUUGAGGCUAUAGAAAAUGUAUUCAUAGUAAAUGCUUAAACACCACCUACAGGGGAAAGAAGUACACAGGCAUGCAUAAUUAUGGUUAGUAUCCAGCUAUGAUACUUUAAAAGCAUUAGUAUGGUGUUCCUUUCUCUUUUUAUAUAAUAAUUGGCUAAUUAUAGGACAAAAUAUUGUGAAGGGUAUUACCGCCAUAGUGGAAAAGACGAGGUGCAAUCAGGGAAUACACUUUCCAUGACAUAGACUGACCAGCUGAAUCCAGGUGAAAGCUAUGAUCCCUUAUUGAUGUCACUUGUUAAAUCCACUUCAAUCAGUGUAGAUAAAGGGGAGGAGACAGGUUAAAGAAGGAUUUUUAAGCCUUGAGACAAUUGAGACAUGGAUUGUAUAUGUGUGCCAUUCAGAUGGUGAAUGGGCAAGACAAAAUAUUUAAGGGCCUUUGAACGGGGUAUCGUAGUAGGUGCCAGGCGCAACGGUUUAAGUGUGUCAAGAACUGCAACGCUGCUGGGUUUUUCACGCUCAACAGUUUCCCGUGUUUAUCAAGAAUUAUCCACCACCCAAAGGACAUCCAGCCAAUAUUAGGAAGGUGUUCCUAAUGUUUUGUAAACUCACUGUAUAUUGUGUACAGUCCUAAUUUCACAUGCCAUUUUUCCAAAAAUAAAUGUUGUGAUCUCCAAACUAAACACUCGGAAAAAUGUCAUUUCUAAAUUGCCAUUUGUUCAUUUAGCCCCUAUUACAUUUUCCAACAGCAGAGUGACUUUCUUAGCACUUUAAUUUGAAUUAAGACACUGAAGUACGACGUGGAUGAGCUACAGUUUAGCGACCAUCUCGUAAUCAACGUCCUCUUGCAUGUACGUGCCACCGAGCACAGCUCAUUUGGAUCCUAUUUUCUGUAUUGCAUUGUCUCAUCCCCAAUGCAGUCAGCUAGGCCCAGCGUUGGAGCAUGAACUAGAUUUGGUGAACUGUGUUCGUGAAUAAUGCAUUUUGUCAGUGGCGUCCUGGCAUUUGCCCGAUGGGAUUGCCUCUGGAGCAUUCGUUGGGGUCUGCAUUUCUGUUAGGCGACUGAUGAAACACCUAUGCUGAGUAUUUCACACCUGUCAGUGACGUCACCAGGUGGAGAUGAAAGAUGGAAAUAUCAGGAGGAACCACAUGAUGUGGUGCUUCACCCUUGUCACAUUUACAGCACAUUACAGGGACCUUUACAUUUUUACUAGCUUACUGCCACUAUAUUGGAUUUGCAGACGGGCAUAAAAAGGUAUAAGCUGGAACAUUUGAUGUACUCUCUCGACGUUAGGCUACCACAGACAGCCUCUUUAUGUGUUCCCACUGUGAGAUAUGCUGCAUGUGAUUGAGAUAGUUUAGAUCUUAAAAAAAAAAAGACUGUCCCUUGUGACGUUCUCGAGAACGCUGCAAAUUAACCAAAUUAAGUAUCCCUCUCUCUCUCUCUCUCUCUCUCUCUCUCUCUCUCUCUCUCUCUCUCUCUGCUUUCUCUCUAUUUGCUCUCUGUAUUUGUGCCUGUCUGUAAGCAGCAACACGUGAUGGAGACAGACAAAAGAGUGGCAUUUUGGGGAGGUUAGCUGUGGUUUUUGUGUUGCUAGUCAGCUACGAGUGUUUCUAUAAGCCUGUGAAUGGGCUCGUUGAGUCGGAGGUAAUUUUGGGCCCUGGCGUGGGGCACUAGUUGGACUGGCCUUUCUGCUGACUGGCCUGCUUUCUUCCCCCGCCCUCAGCAGCAGCAGCAGCAGCAGCAGUAUAUACCCCUCUCUCUGCUGCAUCGGCAUUUAUGUCCAAACCAAAGACCUUUAUCUCCCUGGGCCUGUGGCCAUGACGACAUGUCUGAUAUGCCGUGGUGGUGGCAGCGAGGAUCUCUUUCAGUUUUGCUAAUAAAUCUAGAUGUACUGUAGAUAAACUGGAACAUCCAGGGUUAGUACAAUACAUGCUGCUCUGGUCUCCUAUGGGCUAUGGGAGCUUGGGGGCUGGGGGAUAGGGGUUGGGAAGCUGGCCAUGAUAAAUGAAUAGACACACGCUGGACAUCCCCAUUCAUUAUUAUUGGAAUUUCUGCUGCCUGCUGGGAAUUUGCACAGUGAUUUCCAUGGCGCCUGGCUGCUGAAGGGCCUCCCAAAGGUGUUCACAUGGCCAAAUCUCAGACUGAGCUAGAGAACAGGAGCUCAGCUCAGCAGCCAAACAACAGGCCUCAGUGCCACAAAGACUCACAGGGAAACCACUGCAGUCAAUUGUAGGCUAACCCAUGGUAUUACAUACACACUAAUAUCAGUUAACCCAGAACUGAAGUCUUGCGUAAUUGAUGCUCAAUUAAGUUCUGGGUCCAUGCGUGUUAAGAGAAGAGAUAGAACGAGGAUCGGAACUGGAAAGAAGAGCUCCACCCUCUCUCUUUGCAAGUUACGGGCAGGUCUAUGGGCCAAAUGUCCCAUUUCCUUCAGAAAUUCGAAAGAUGCUAACACCUGUGAAAUCGUGAUUUGUCCAAAUAACCAGUGACAAGAAAUCCAAGACCUAAUGGUGCUCGUUAUCUCACACAUCCCAUUGUAUCAUGACAGAUCUACGGUACCAGUUAUGUUUACAUAGUCUGUCCACGAGAGAUUGCACACACACACACACACACACACACACUGUCUACCCUCAGACACACAGGGAGCAACAUUGCAGCCUUGUUUUUUAGUUAUACUUCACCGGAAGAAAUACAAUUUGUGAUAAUUAAGAUGAAGCAAUAUUAAGAGGCCAAACACACCCACCCACCCACCCACCCAGUCAUUCUCUCUCUCUCUCUCUCUCUCUCUCUCUCUCUCUCUCUCUCUCUCUCUCUCUCUCUCUCUCUCUCUCUCUCUCUCUCUCUCUCUCUCUCUCUCUCUCUCUCUCUCUCUGUCAAUCUCGCUCUCGCUCUCGCUCUCUCUCUCAAACUAUAUGCUCACUAUACAAAUCAGCAUAUGUUCCAUCCAGGUGCAUACAUAUAGAAUGUGUACAGUACAUAGUUUUGGGGUAAUUUAGAUCAAAACAUUCAUUGGACCUAUCAUCUCUUUGAUCCUAUAGGCCACAAUAAACAAAGCACAAAGCACUUUAGCCAACCAAUCAAUAUACCUCAUUAAGAAUAGAGUGUGUGAAGUAGAUUGUCUCACCUCUCCCUUCAACGAUAUGUUGUCUCUCAAGUCUCAUCCACCCAGUAAAAGCUGUCAUUGUGAGCUGAGCCGUUCUGACACUUCUCUCUGUAUUCUGUAUGUGUCUGAGCAUCAGACGGACUAGUGCUGUGGAGGUGAUUGCCUGAAGGCUGGAAGGAAACAACUUCAGCUAACCAAGGUCACAUAGCGCUCUGAAGUCGGCUUUGCCAGGUUCAAACAGACAGAAAAAAACUAAUGGGAUGAGGUUGCUUGAACAAAAGCUCUGUGCGGAUGGUCAAUAUAUAGGCUCAUGGUGUGUUCGGUUCCAGAAUAUAGGCAUAGGAUAGAUAUUCUUGUAUAUCUUAAUUUCAUAGUGUUUACUUUGCUUCUUUCCCCCACAAUGCCGAGCCACUCUCUGAGACACCUUUGUGUGCUUUUCAUCAAUAUUUAGAUGAAUGGCAAUUCCUCAGGUGCAGCAGAUCAGUGCAGUACUAUGGCUCUGUUUGCAGAUGCGAUGCUUUAACUGUAGCACAGUGUAAUGGGUUGCAUCCAAGGCCCUUUCAACAGUUUCUCCCUCCCUCUCUACAAACGUGUUAAAGUAAAGCAGGAUUGUAUUUUCAUUCAUCUUCUUGAGAACCCUCUGAAUACAUUUUAGUUCAGUGUUUUAUUUUCAAAUCAAAUCAAAUCAAAUCAAAUCAAAUUGUAUUGGUCACAUGCGCCGAAUACAACAGGUGCAGACAUUACAGUGAAAUGCUUACUUACAGCCCUUAACCAACAGUGCAUUUAUUUAUUUGUUUUUAAAAAAUAAAACAACAACAAAAAAAGUGUUGAGAAAAAAAGAGCAGAAGUAAAUAAAAUAACAGUAGGGAGGCUAUAUAUACAGGGGGGUACCGGUGCAGAGUCAAUGUGCGGGGGCACCGGCUAGUUGAGAUAAUUGAAGUAAUAUGUACAUGUGGGUAGAGUUAAAGUGACUAUGCAUAAAUAAUUAACAGAGUAGCAGCAGCGUAAAAAGGAUGGGGUGGGGGGGCAGUGCAAAUAGUCUGGGUAGCCAUGAUUAGCUGUUCAGGAGUCUUAUGGCUUGGGGGUAAAAGCUGCAACCAACAAGGCUCAGUGCUUGUACAGUAUUCAUCAAUUAUAAUCCUCGUUACAGUGGGGGAAAAAAGUAUUUAGUCAGCCACCAAUUGUGCAUGUUCUCCCACUUAAAAAGAUGAGAGAGGCCUGUAAUUUCCAUCAUAGGUACACGUCAACUAUGACAGACAAAUUGAGAUUUUUUUUCUCCAGAAAAUCACAUUGUAGGAUUUUUAUUGAAUUUAUUUGCAAAUUAUGGUGGAAAAUAAGUAUUUGGUCACCUACAAACAAGCAAGAUUUCUGGCUCUCACAGACCUGUAACUUCUUCUUUAAGAGGCUCCUCUGUCCUCCACUCGUUACCUGUAUUAAUGGCACCUGUUUGAACUUGUUAUCAGUAUAAAAGACACCUGUCCACAACCUCAAACAGUCACACUCCAAACUCCACUAUGGCCAAGACCAAAGAGCUGUCAAAGGACACCAGAAACAAAAUUGUAGACCUGCACCAGGCUGGGAAGACUGAAUCUGCAAUAGGUAAGCAGCUUGGUUUGAAGAAAUCAACUGUGGGAGCAAUUAUUAGGAAAUGGAAGACAUACAAGACCACUGAUAAUCUCCCUCGAUCUGGGGCUCCACGCAAGAUCUCACCCCGUGGGGUCAAAAUGAUCACAAGAACGGUGAGCAAAAAUCCCAGAACCACACGGGGGGACCUAGUGAAUGACCUGCAGAGAGCUGGGACCAAAGUAACAAAGCCUACCAUCAGUAACACACUACGCCACCAGGGACUCAAAUCCUGCAGUGCCAGACGUGUCCCCCUGCUUAAGCCAGUACAUGUCCAGGCCCGUCUGAAGUUUGCUAGAGUGCAUUUGGAUGAUCCAGAAGAGGAUUGGGAGAAUGUCAUAUGGUCAGAUGAAACCAAAAUAGAACUUUUUGGUAAAAACUCAACUCGUCGUGUUUGGAGGACAAAGAAUGCUCAGUUGCAUCCAAAGAACACCAUACCUACUGUGAAGCAUGGGGGUGGAAACAUCAUGCUUUGGGGCUGUUUUUCUGCAAAGGGACCAGGACGACUGAUCCGUGUAAAGGAAAGAAUGAAUGGGGCCAUGUAUCGUGAGAUUUUGAGUGAAAACCUCCUUCCAUCAGCAAGGGCAUUGAAGAUGAAACGUGGCUGGGUCUUUCAGCAUGACAAUGAUCCCAAAAACACCGCCCGGGCAACGAAGGAGUGGCUUCGUAAGAAGCAUUUCAAGGUCCUGGAGUGGCCUAGCCAGUCUCCAGAUCUCAACCCCAUAGAAAAUCUUUGGAUGGAGUUGAAAGUCUGUGUUGCCCAGCGACAGCCCCAAAACAUCACUGCUCUAGAGGAGAUCUGCAUGGAGGAAUGGGCCAAAAUACCAGCAACAGUGUGUGAAAACCUUGUGAAGACUUACAGAAAACGUUUGACCUGUGUCAUUGCCAACAAAGGGUAUAUAACAAAGUAUUGAGAAACUUUUGUUAUUGACCAAAUACUUAUUUUCCACCAUAAUUUGCAAAUAAAUUCAUUAAAAAUCCUACAAUGUGAUUUUCUGGAUUUUUUUUUCUCAUUUUGUCUGUCAUAGUUGACGUGUACCUAUGAUGAAAAUUACAGGCCUCUCUCAUCUUUUUAAGUGGGAGAACUUGCACAAUUGGUGGCUGACUAAAUACUUUUUUCCCCACUGUAUGUUCUCUCUUCUCUCUAUCUAUCUCUAGGUCUCUCUCUAGUCUCUUCUGGGUUUUUUUUUUAUACAUAGAAAAUGCCUGUAUUUUGGUCCUCUUUUCAUGAGGACAUGGUGGUUCAUUCAGUAAGGUACACACUUCACUGGAUACCUUUGUGUCCACUGUAAAAGUCAACUGUCUGAUCAUAGUGAAUGUUUUUUCCCCUCUCUUUAUUCUUUGCUCAUUUUCACAAUUUCACAAUACUUUGCCAUUGGGAAAAUGGCUCUGUCACCUGCUGUGGUGGUUUAGCCAUUGUGCUUUAUGUUCCAGAAUAGAAAGGAACUGGUACAUGUUGUGUAUUAUGUUGAAAGCCGGAUGCAAGUGAACUCAAAAGGCUUUCUCUUUAGUUUAACUAGCAAGACAGUGUUAAUUAUUUCUGUCACUGAAGGGUUGUUAUUCGUAGGUAGUUAAUUGUAUUUCGGUGUGUGUGUGUGUGUGUGUGUGUGUGUGUGUGUGUGUGUGUGUGUGUGUGCGAGUGUGCACAAAAAAUUGAGGCUCCUAUUUUUGCUUUUCACACUCCCAACAUCCUAGAUCAGCACCCAGUCAAUAGGGCCGGGGGUUAAACGUUAGUUCCUGUUCAGAGCCAGGGCUCAGCCUCCCUCCUUCUACAGGCCCACAGGUGAUGUGAUCCCUCCCACUGCUGUGCUCCCAGUGUAAAGACCCGCUGAAGUCGCAGCUCUCUGUAGCUCUGUCUGUCCUCAAGGUAACACAAGAAUGGGAGAUUAGAUGUCCUUCUUCAAGGCUUUUGUUAAGUAAUUUGCCGUCUGGUUUAAUAAUUCAAAAUGGCAUCGGCGCAGCCUACACAGAAAUGAUAUAUCUUUACGUCUUAUCUCUUUAGCUUGGAGGAGUUUCAGUAUUAUGUGUAUGCUGGCUGUUUUUCUGUUCUCUCUUUGUGUAUGUGUGUGUGUGUGUGUGUGCAUGUGUGUGUACAUAGAUGUUUGUUUAUGUGUGUGUGUGAGUGUGUGUGUGUGUGUGUGUGUGUGUGUGUGUGUGUGUGUGUGUGUGUGUGUGUGUGUGUGUGUGUGUGUGUGUGUGUGUUUUAACGUGUAGAAUUGUGUGUGUAUGUGUGGUGUUUGAGAUGCACUGUCACUCACCUGUAACAUGAACCAAUAUCAGACCACUGCCACUGAAGUGCUCUGGGACUGUGUACUAGAGCUCCAAGGAGCUGUGUGUGUGUGUGUAUGUGUGUAUGUGUGUAUGUGUGUAUGUGUGCACACUGAUGAAAUAAACAUCACACACUUCUCACUCCCUUGGAGUCAGGAUUGCUAGCCGACCACGGCGAAGCAUCCGUGUUUGUUAUUGGGGAGAAAGCUAGCAUGCAACGACUUGAGCUAAAAGCAAUAAGAAAAAAGUCUGGAACCUAUGUAAAUUAUUCCUCUAUUUAUUUAAGCUGGUGCUUCUAUUUACCCAGACAGAACAGUGCAUUUAGCCACAGUCUAAUUGGCACAUCAGUUUUAAAAAACAAUGUUUUGGUAUUUUAGAUUUAUUCGUUGUGAUUCAGCAAGUGCCCUUCAGGGGUGCACAUCUCCCUUUUGCUUUCUUUCUUUUUCUCUUUUUUCUCUCACUUUCUCCUUCUCUCUUUCUACCACACCAGUUUUUAACAAUACUUUUGGGGCACAGCUUGAAAUACAUUAUGUAUGAGUUUUAGGAGGAAUUGGAGAACCUUUGUGGACUGUACCACACAGUCUGGGAGUGGUGUGGGAGGAGGGCACCUGUCUGUCUAUCUGGAUGUCUCUCUGAGUGUCUAUUCGCUGUCUUUCUGUCUCUCUCUCCCUGGUUGCAUCAGCUUCAAUCUCAUGUUCUGUCUCCUCUCUCCCUCUCUCUCUUACAGUGAAGUUUGUGAACUGCGGCCAAGAUGGACUGGUGCAGUUUGAGUGCAGUAACCCGUCCGACUUCCGUAUAGAGGCUGACGGGGUGGUCUACGCCCUCAGGCCCUUGACCGUGUCCACCCUCCGGGCGGUGCCCCUAGUGAUUGUGGCCAGGGACGAGACCAAUCAGCAGAAAUGGCAGACCCAAGUGAGAUUAAUGCCCCCUAUAGGCCAGAGCCAGCAGGUACGUCCAACACCUCCACACACAUCCUCUCUCGUUUCCACCCUCUCCUCUCUCUCUCUAAUGUUUCUUGAUUAUUUGUGACUUCGGGUAGCAUUGUGGAAUCUGGAAAGUUCCAAUUCCAAUUCCGCCCCUGCAUCCAAUUCCUUCCUCUUAGUAGCCGUGCCAAGCAUUCACAGAUUAUUUGUUCCCUAAAUUGUAGCAGGUGUUCCGGGAGACUGGAUGGAUGCUCACUAAUUAAAACGUAACGUAUCAUUUUAAAGGGGAGCACAAUCACAUACUCAACACGGUCAGUGGGUAUUGGCGCCACACACAACACAUGCAAAAUAGCUCCUCAUAAAGACUGAUUUCAAUCAGCCUCCUUGUGGCGGCAGCGGCGAGGUUUAUGGCUGUAUGUUUGUCAUCCAACCAGAGGGGAAUGCAUUGCAGUGCACCCCUAGUGGUGAUUCAGAGGACAGGGAGCAUCUGUCUCUAGGCUUCAAAGAUCCUACCGUUCAGUCAAUGUUCUGUUGGGCUCGACAGGCACCGCUAACGCUUGACCAUGUGCUCAUCAGUCAACAUUGUGAUUGGCUGUAGAGGAGAGAGGCCGUGUGAUGUGGUGAUGUAAUCAAGUGUGUAAUUGAGAGAGAGAACAGGGAGAUGAGGAGAAACAAGACUCAAACGGCUGUGUUUGUAUUUAUAACCUCAUACUCAGUACUAGAUUAUGUGUUUCUGUUCAGUUAAAUGGCCAUAAUCUGUGACAGUCUUUCUCUCUCACUAGCUGGAAUGGUGUGAAUUGGCUAGAGUGCACAGACUCACAUUUAAGCUCUCUCUCUCGCUCUCUCUCUCCAAUUUUUAGGUUGAAUUAUUGAAGUCAGCAUUGUCUGAUCUUCAUGCAUUGUGGACUCUCAUUGUUAAUGAAUGCCUCUUAAAUACAGCACAAUGAGCCUCUUUGUUCAACAAAGACACCAUCUGAAAAUACAUUGUCUCUUUCUCCAGUCAUAUACAGAACAAAUUAGCUGCACAAGCAGCCCAUUUCAAAAGCACCUCUUCGAAACAUCACAUAAAAGGCGAGUGCAUUAUUUUAUAAGCCUCCAGAUUAAACAUACAUUUUUACAGUUAUGUCAAAUAGAUGUGAGUGCAGUAGGGCAGCAGCAGCAGCAGCAGCAGCGAUGAAGUCAAAUUAAACUUCUAUGGGGGAUGAUUUAGCAAGAGUUUUGAAAACAGCAUUGUUAGGCGCUGAUGCUCAUUUACCAUAGUGACUCCUGCAGGUAUGUGAUUUUAAUGACACCAUUAGUCACUCGUGUCGCUCAUUUAAAGAGAAUUGCACACUUGUCCAGGGCAGAUAAACAAGGGGCUUGGCCACAGAGCUGGCCACAAUUUAGCAGCAGCGGCCCACCGUUGUUAAAUGAAUAUAGGGGAAACACUGGUGUGGUUAUCUGGUUAUGUGGUUCUCUCUCCAAUGCAAUGAUUGUCAUGAAUCAUCAUCAUGCGAUCCAUAAUCACAUCAGAGAUUAGAUGCUAUAUUAGCAAACACUGUGAACGCAUCGGCCCUAGGGGAAUGUUUUAAUCUAUAAAGAAAUAACGAUUGGCUCAUUAACAUCAGUAACCUUCCCUACCAUCAGCAUAAACGUCACCACAGGAGACAGGCUGAAAACCAAGACCCACCCUAGGCUUUAGAGAGGGUGAUUUUGUACUUGUCUAUAGCAACACACACACACACACAUACACAAACACAUCUCUCUCACACACAUUACACAAACACUCCCAAGCUCUCAGGGAUACUGAAGUGUAGUCUAGCAGUCAGAGGAUGUAGGGGGCAGAGAGACCUCCAGUAAACUCCAGAGAUAGAUAGAUGUGACUGUGCUGGGGCUGAGACUGCUAAGCAAACCCUCCACACCAUUCAUCAUUCCAACCGCCAGGUCAGAAAUAAUUACCACUCUCUCCUUCGGUUUAAUAGGAUAAUAGAUAUUUCUGAUGCAUGUUCCCCGCUAUCUGUCCGCUUGCCUCUCUGCAUUUCAAAUGUGUGAAUGCAGCAUAAUCGGAUUUCAAACAUGAUUAGUGGAGGUGCUCCGACAACUCUGCAGAUGGUCAAGGAGAGGCUGCGUGCUUGGUGAGGCUGCGUGGGAUGGGACUCGUGUUGUAAGGGGGCAAAACUGUAAUUAAUUUAGCUGUUUGCACACUGUGGCUUUAGGCUAGUUUUAGUACUUUGGAUAUUGUGUAACGAAUUGACGAUCAGUAAUUGCAGACGGAGGAGAGAGAGUUAAGAAGGGACUUUCUGAAGCAUGACUGUUCUACCUAAGUUUCAUUUUUCCAUCGGGCGUUCAAGGCUAUUAUGACUUCUCUGGCGCUACUUGGGUCUCUCGCCCAACAGUCUCUCUCUCUGUGGAACAGCAAAGGCAAAUGGAGCCAUCUGGCUAUAUAGAGUCUGGCUUGCAGGUACCAUCCUCCUUUGUUUCAAAUCACAUUCAUUACAGCCAAGGGAGGAUGGCACAUCCAUUUUACAAGCCUGUGUGUGUGCCUGUUUGUGUGUGUGCCUGUGCGUGCAUGCAUGCUUUUAUCAGGACAUGAGAGGAGGUCUGUGAUUUAAAGCUAACUGAGGGGCUACAGUACUAUCCUCGCCAAAUAAUCUCAAACGCUACUCUCAUUCCCAGCCAUGGAGAAGAGAGCCUGGAAAGAGAGGCUGUUCAAAAACAUCAUCACACGUAUGAAGGAAAUGUUAACCUUCACUGAUUUCUCAAAGACUAAAUAGAUCCUAAAAUAUAAUGUGAUCACAUCAAAAAGCCUCCUCCCUCCUAGAUUAGGUCCUCUAGCUGGUAUAGUUCAAUGAGUAUGUUUACAUGCACACUAAUAAUUGAAUAUUAAACUGAUUAUGGCAGUUGGCCAAGUAUGGCUUUAGUCAUGUAAACACCUCACUCUGCUUAUCUUAAUCGGCCUAAGGUCAUGAUCGAAGUCAGCAUACGCCGAUUAAAACACCUGGUUUUCUGAGCAAUCUUUCGAAUUAUUAGGACAUGUAAACAACUUAAUCUGAAUUCCAGCUGUGUAUUUGAUCUGCGCAUGUGCUAGCACCAGACGAGCGAGCCUCCCUCUUAUUAUGCACGAGUGAACGUUUAUCUUUAUUGGCGAUUUUCUGCAUUUAUCAAAGUCCCAUCAGGUAGCCUGAUUUCAGAUGUGUCCAUGUAAACAGGAUUAUUAAGGAAAUAAUUAUUCUUGCAAAGCAUGUAAAGGUUUUAAUCUAACUAUUAUAUUAAUCUGACUAGUCACAUUAGUCAUAUUAUUGUGUGCAUGUAACCAUACUCAACGAUAUUAACAAAAAACUGUUUUAGGGCAGUCAAGAAUUUGCAUUCUCUUGAAUUAUUUCCAUAACUUCAUUGGUAGGUAAAGACACUUUGUCUUGUGGCUACUGUAUGAACAGUCUACCUAAAGCCAUUGGUUUUUAGAUGUGUCCAGUUGGUAAACGGAUGUUACUUCUCUCCUCCAGGCCCAAGAUAUCCCAGCUCCCCCAGCUCUGUCCCAGGGUCUCCAGGAGAUCUGGUUCCCAUCGCGGCAGACAGACAGCAGCUCUGUGGGCCAGCUCAAACGCAUGAAGAGGGACUGGGUAAUCCCCCCAAUCAACGUCCCAGAGAACUCCAGAGGAGAGUUCCCCCAGGACCUGGUCCGGGUAAGACGCCACAUACACACACACACACACACCUAUCACACCAGUUAUCUACAACCUGAAAGGAGAUGGUGCUCUUAUUUUGAGCUUCAUGGUUCUAUGGAGCAGCAGCAGAAUUUGGACCGGUCAUUUCUAUUCUACCAGCAUUACCACUCAAUCUACCGCCAUAUUGACUCCACAUCCUGAAAGGUCAAGUGCUGGUGCUAAAGUAUCUGAUUUCCCUCUCCCAGUCAGGCAGGCCGUCACUAUGAAUGUUCCUGCUAGUAGCUUUAGAGAUGACAGUGAGAAGGACAAAAGAGUCCUCCAGUGGCCUGUUUCCCUCAGGUUUUCUGUUGAGAUAUUAUCCUCACUUUAUCAUGGGCUCAAGGGGCAGGGGGUGGGUGGAUGUGAAUGAUGGAGGACUGGCUAUCCUUCUCAUGUCAGUUAAGAAGUAGAUCCUUUCUCAACGUAAGCUUACUGGUUCCUGACUGAGUGCUAAGUCCAGUAUAUACUGUCUGUAUGUAUUAUAAUUAAUCCAGAAGCGUUAGGGGGAAUGUUGCUGAGUUUAAUGGAUGACAUAAGGGUGAGGCACCAGGCACCAUCCAGACACACCAUGGAUACCCAGGCUUAUGGGUAGAGAUAGGCAGGCCAGUGAGGACACAGAGGCUCAAAUACAUCACACUCACAUAUAGUUUAGACGCGUUCACACACACAAGCAAGGGAGGAAAAUCUGUCUAUACCCCUCACCAAUGGGACUCCAUGCCGGGGAAACACACCCACACCGAUACAUAUCCCCGCCAUAACAUUAUUAUUUUAAGUAGAAUUCUGCACAGUAUAUAUACCCACAAUUGAGUAUUGAUUGUUGACCAACAUACUUUCGGGUUCUGAAACAGAUCCGGUCGGACAAUGACAAGAACCGCUCCCUGAGGUACAGUGUGACCGGACCCGGAGCUGACCAGCCGCCCACUGGCAUCUUCAUCAUCCACCCCAUCUCUGGAGAGCUGUCCGUCAUGAAACCCCUGGACAGAGAACACAUUUCCAACUUCCAUGUAAGUCUCAUACACACACAUAUGGGCCUACGUGAGAGAGAGGAGAUUAUUAGGACCACGCAUACUGACAAAGUCAAGAUCAAAACAUUGUUAUUUUCUAGCCAAAUAAACGUAUGGUGGAGCAAUAGUGUAGGGGGGGGGGGGUCCUAUUAAUCUCAAGCUUUCUUUGGCUCAGCACCACCUAAAGUGAUGUGCGUUUGACUGUAUUGACUUUUCUUCAUGAUAGAGAGAGAACCUUGGCCUUGCAACCUGUGCAGUGAAUAGGAGCGGACAGUUACAGUAAAAGGUUUCUAAACAGAGUACCAAGCAUUAAGCGCUCUUUAUCCAGAGGUAUGUGUCCUCUUUGGCUAAUACAUUGUCUGUACAUUCCAGGAGGCUGGCUGGCAUGUGCUCAAGGUCCCUUGGUAGUCCAAACACCCCUCCAUAGUGGACACUAGAGGGGGGAUGGGGGGCAGGGGUAUUCAGGAACUGACUUAUCUGUUUGAGAAUUUGAAAGAUUCAAUGUGUGGAUUUAUUUGUUACAAAAGCAGGUGUUUUACAUGUAAUGACAACCUCCAGUGAGAUCAUGACGCACUCAUAACUAUUUAAUUAAAUGGCAUUGGUCAUUGUUUGGGAGUCGUGAUAUGUCUAGCAUCCAAUGCUAUUGAUUUGAUUCAGGGUGAGACUUGUAUUAGACAGUGGGCAGACAAAAAUGGAGCAGGCAUUGCUGGAAGCACUGCACUGUGAAGAAACAAACAUUAACAGUAUUGAAAGGCAAAUUUCUGGGUUAAUUUUUUUACCCUGAGAUAAUUGGAAAUAGCCGAAGGAAGAGAGCCAUUACAAUGCCAAAGUUCUGCUCAGGCAAAUGUGUGUUUGCUGUAUGUGUAUUGUUUGGUUCUUGCAUGCGUGCUGAUAUCUCCCUGGUGUCUCCCUGUAGCUGAGAGCCCAUGCUGUGGAUCUGAACGGUAACCAAGUAGAGAGCCCCAUCGACAUUGUGAUCAAUGUGAUUGACAUGAAUGACAACCGGCCAGAGUUCAUCCAUCAGAUCUGGAACGGCACCAUCCCUGAGGGCUCUAAACCAGGUAGGAGCCCAGACCAACCUCCCAGCCUUCCUCUGGCCCUCAGUGCCACUAGACUAUCACUAGAUAAAACAGCAUUGAUUAAUCACAGGGGGUAAUAAUUUUGUUAAUUUUGCUGCUGUUCGAUAUGGAUAAGAUCUCUGCCAAUAGUACGUAUUCUCUUGUGGAAGUGCUUUGUCAACAUUUCAGACAAAGCCAAAGCUUUUAUUUGGGAUAUGUUUUGACUGUGCUCCAUAUUAAUCUAUGGAUCCUCAUAAAAGGGAAGUAGUUUAAUGACUGUAGGUAAAUUAAAUGCAGUACUGAAAUAAAACAAGGUCAUAUUGUUUUAAAAACCCUUGUUAAAUCCCCUAUUUGCAUCUUAUGUCUGUCUUGUCAUCACUCAGGGACCUUUGUUAUGACGGUAACGUCUGUUGACAAAGAUGACCCCAAAACAGCCAAUGGGAUGCUGCGCUACAAGAUCGUAUCCCAGAAUCCUGAGAGCCCGACAUCCAACAUGUUCACCAUCAACAAUAAGACAGGAGGCAUCAUUACGGUCGCAGCCGGCCUGGACAGAGAGGUACGCAAUACAGCAGUUUGUGAAUGAGUGUGCGCGUGUCACGCCCUGGCUCUGGGGACUCUUAUAUGUUGAGCCAGGGUGUGGAUUUUCCAUGUGUUAUUUUCUAUGUUUUGUUCUAGUUCGUGUAUUUCUAUGUUGGCCAGGGUGGUUCCCAAUCAGAGGCAGCUGUAGCUUGUUGUCUCUGAUUGGGGACCAUACUUAGGCAGCCUGUUUGGCACUGUUUAUUGUGGGAUCUUGUUCCGUAAGGUUUGUUUUGGUGUUACCCUAGGACUUCACGUAUCGUUUGGUUUGUUGUUUUGUUCGUGUGUGUACUUCAAUAAAAGUAUGUACGCUCACCACGCUGCGCCUUGGUCCGCAUCUUCUCAUAACGAUCGUGACAGCGCGUGCAUAUGUGUGCCUAUUAAACCCCCAAUACAGUAGCAUUAAAGUUACAGUCCCAGUAUCACAGCCAUUUAUCUUAUUAAUGAAUGUGUUCUCCUCCUUUGCUGCACAGCGCUCCUCUAACAUGCAUUAGUCAAGAUAUCCUUUCCUUUGUUUACCUAAAUGAGCUGUGGAUUUCAGAUACAGAUUUGAAAACAAACAGAACAGUGUACUUUUGGGUUGUUUUUGCUGAUGAUAAUCUUUAGUGUGUCUCAAAACUAAUUAAGUUCGCUAAGCAUGACUGAUUACCAUUUUACCAACGGAGCCCAGAAAUGGACUCAUCGCCCGCUUCGUACUUAUUGCCUCUAACAAGGAGGCAACAUGCAUCAUUGAGCAGAUAAAUGUUUAUUAUUCUCCCCGUUGCUAUUAAUGGUAACACUCUCCUAUUUAAUUGCAUGGCGAUGGUCUUGCUUAUACUGGAUGAAAGAAGAAGAUAAAAAAAGAACUUAAUAUAUAAGUCAAGGGGAAGAAACAAAGCCAGUUGCGCAAUUCCGGCGAGGGCAAUCUGACUAGCUGGCCUGCUAUAUCAAGUUCGCCUCCGGGGCCACUGUUAUAGCUGUUAUAUGUUCGGCAGUUGCCACCCUGAAAGUAAUUUGCCCGAUUCUCAUUACCUAGCAACUGGUCCGUCACUUGAGUGGCUUUUAAUGUGAAGGGAGUCAUUUGUUACAGCGGGAUUACCCAUCAUGCACCAUUAUGCUACACAGAGUGGAAAUGUGGAAGUGUUGCACUCCCACAGCAAGCAGACUUCUAUAGAUUAUUUCUCUCUCCACAGGGAAUUGAUGUAGACUUGAUCAUUGUGAGAAUAACUCCUCAUUGUGGUUUGACAGAUAGUAGGUUGUUAGGAGAAGAGGAAUUUAACAUAAAAAUGAAGAGAAAUUGAAAAUGAUCAUUAUUUUGGUUUAUGUAAGAUUCAACCUACACGUAAGGCUCAACACAAGGGUUUAGGUGUUGUUCAUAUAUAUAGUGAAUUAUUUUCCAACAUGUUUUUCUUAUUUUUCUUCUUGUAGAAAGUGCCUCAGUACACGUUGAUCAUCCAGGCCACAGACAUGGAGGGCAACCCCAUGUACGGUCUCUCCAACACCGCCACCGCCGUCAUCAAAGUCACCGACAUCAAUGACAACCCACCAGAGUUCACUGCAGAGACGGUGAGAAAGAACACAGCUUCACAUCCAUGUACUACACCACGCUGUGGGCCCAGUCAUAGCACUGUAAAGAACCAUGCAGACACACGGUCUAUAUGUACUUAACCCACACAUAGCACACACUCAGCCUUGCUUACAGAGCAUUUCAGAUGGCAUAAAGAUUAGCUGUUAGCCAGCCAUGCAUUUACUAUUCUGUCCUACUCUGUCCAAAUGUUGACACAUGUAAGUACUGACACCCUAAGUACAUCAGGCAGACAAAGAGAGGAGAUGAGCGAGAGCAGAGGAGAGGAGAGCAGAGAAAGGUGCUGAAUGUAUUUGUGAGAGAUGCAUCCCCUGUGUGUAAUGUAAUGGUAUUGUUUUUCUAUCAGACCGAGAUGGUGAAGAUAACAUGAUAAGUUGCUGUGGACAUUUAUUUACCUGAAAUGUCAGGAGUGUAGUGCUGGAGCACAGAGCCUGUGUUUUCCGCUGGCGCAGCAGUAAGUCUAACUGCUCUCUAACUUCUCUCUGUCCCAUCCCCCAUCUUUUAUUCAUGUAGUUCUUUGGAGAGGUGCCUGAGAACCGGGUAAAUGUCAUCGUGGCCAACCUGACGGUGACAGACAAAGACCAGCCCAACACACCAGCCUGGAACGCCGUCUACAAGAUCACCGGGGGCGACCCCACCGGCAGGUUCUCCGUGCCAACCGACCCCACCACUAACGAGGGCCUGGUAACCGUUGUCAAGGUGAGACUGGCUGCUGCACCCUCGGACUCAAUACCCCCCCCAGGAGCUACUUAUCAUGAAUAUGACAGCUCUUAAAGAUAAAAUUAAUAGUUUAUAAUGCCUUCUAUGUUUGUAAGCUAUAGGAGUUAUCUAUAGCAGAGAAAGCAAACGUGCAUGUCAACUGUUUUAUUUAACUCUCUGUCUGUGUGUGUGUGUGUGUGUUUGUUUGUAGCAAUUGAAGACUGAUUGGUCAACAGUUGUAGAACUAACUACAGUAGCUCCUAGCUGACUUCUCCUGGGCUCUUUGUCUUAUGGCAUUAGAAAAAUAAGAAUAAUAUUUUAUUGAUAAGAAAAACAGAAUAAAUACUUUAUACAGUGAGGGAAAAAAGUAUCUGAUCCCCUGCUGAUUUUGUACGUUUGCCCACUGACAAAGACAUGAUCAGUCUAUAAUUUUAAUGGUAGGUUUAUUUGAACAGUGAGAGACAGAAUAACAACAAAAAAAUCAAGAAAAAUGCAUGUCAAAAAUGUUAUAAAUUGAUUUGCAUUUUAAUGAGGGAAAUAAGUAUUUCACCCCUCUGCAAAACAUGACUUAGUACUUGGUGGCAAAACCCUUGUUGGCAAUCACAGAGGUCAGACGUUUCUUAUAGUUAGCCACCAGGUUUGCACACAACUCAAGAGGGAUUUUGUCCCGCUCCUCUUUGCAGAUCUUCUCCAAGUCAUUAAGGUUUCGAGGCUGACGUUUGGCAACUCGAACCUUCAGCUCCCAACCCCAUGCUGGAAUACCCAUCCAUGACCCAUUUUCAAUGCCCUGGCUGAAGGAAGGAGGUUCUCACCCAAGAUUUGAUCGUCCCUUUGAUGCGGUGAAGUUGUCCUGUCCCCUUAGCAGAAAAACACCCCAAAAGCAUAAUGUUUCCACCUCCAUGUUUGACGGUGGGGAUGGUGUUCUUGGGGUCAUAGGCAGCAUUCCUCCUCCUCCAAACACGGCGAGUUGAGUUCUCCUCUGAAUCAUUCAGAUGUUCAUUGGCAAAUUUCAGACGGGCCUGUAUAUGUGCUUUCUUGAGCAGGGGGACCUUGCGGGCGCUGCAGGAUUUCAGUCGUUCACGGCGUGGUGUGUUACCAAUUGUUUUCUUGGUGACUAUGGUCCCAGCUGCCUUGAGAUCAUUGACAAGAUCCUCCUGUGUAGUUCUGGGCUGAUUCCUCUCCGUUCUCAUGAUCAUUGCAACUCCACGAGGUGAGAUCUUGCAUGGAGCCCCAGGCCGAGGGAGAUUCUUCCAUUUGCGAAUAAUCGCACCAACUGUUGUCACCUUCUCACCAAGCUGCUUGGCGAAAGUCUUGUAACCCAUUCCAGCCUUGUGUAGGUCUACAAUCUUGUCCCUGACAUCCUUGGAGAGCUCUUUGGUCUUGGCUAUGGUGGAGAGUUUGGAAUCUGAUUGAUUGAUUGCUUCUGUGGACAGGUGUCUUUUAUACAGGUAACAAGCUGAGAUUAGGAGCACUCCCUUUAAGAGUGUGCUCCUAAUCUCAGCUCGUUACCUGUUUAAAAGACACCUGGGAGCCAGAAAUAUUUCUGAUUGAGAGGGGGUCAAAUACUUAUUUCCCCCAUUAAAAUGCAAAUCUAUUUAUAACAUUUUUGAUAUGCGUUUUUAUGGAUUAUUUUGUUGUUAUUCUGUCUCUCACUGUUCAAAUAAACAUCCCAUUAAAAUGAUAGACUGAUCAUUUCUUUGUCAGUGGGCAAACGUACAAAAUCAGCAGGGGAUCAAAUACUUUUCUCCCUCACUGUACAUCCAUUCUUUUACACUCAAUGGAACAUGCUUACAUACUGUUGGUUUCCUCCCUACAGCCAAUCGACUAUGAGAUCAGCAGGACAUACGUUUUGACGGUGGUAGCAGUGAACGAGGUGUCCCUCGCCCGGGGCAUCCACUCCCCUCGCCAGUCCACCGCCACGGUCUCCAUCAGGGUCAUCGAUGUCAACGAGAGCCCCUACUUUGAACCCAACCCCAAACUCAUCAAACUGGAGGAGGGGAUGCAACCAGAAUCAGCACUGACCACCUUCACAGCACAGGACCCUGAUAGAUUCAUGCAGCAGACCAUUAGGUAAUAAUGGCACUAAAUAGCUGUAUUCAUGCAGAAUUGUCCAUACAGUUUGCUCAAAGCACUGACUGGCAUUACGUCAAUGAAAACACUCCCUUUUAUUGAACAUUCAACACUUUCAACCUUAAAUGUACACGUCUGCAUGAGAGAAAAACGAACAUGUAAAGUUGUCUUGUAUCUUCUUAUAAGCUUUCCUCGUCCUCUGUAAAUGUACACACUGAAGAAGGCUGUAAAGCUGAAAUGUCUGUGCAGUGAAAAUACCAAAAAAAAUGGAAUAAGGAAGUAAGCUUUAUGCAACAUCUUUUUGAGUGCGGACACUUUACACAUUUUUGUUUGUCUGAAAUACGCACCAACCAAGCUUAUGGGAGAGUGCAGUGGUUCUCUUUUGACUCGUCCUUUGUAUUCUCAGAUACACCAGGCUCUCAGACCCAGCCAACUGGCUGAGAAUCGACCCUAACACCGGGCGCAUCACAACUAUCGCCGUCCUGGACCGUGAGUCGCCCUACGUGAAGGACAACAUGUACAGCGCCACCUUCCUUGCCUCUGACAGCGGUACGUAGCCUAGCCACCAGGCUCUAAUAUCUGCUUCCCACAAGUAGCCUAGAAUAUUGUUUUUAGCAGGCAAAAAUUCCUGUUGAAGGAAAUGUUUCCGAGCCAGCCCAGACUUAACAGCCACACUGUGGAUGUGUUCACCUCUCUCCUCUCUCCUUCCCUGACUGGAUUUACCUCUGUUCAGGUUUAGCCUGUUCCACGGAGCACAUCACAGGCCAAUAGGCUUAAAAACUCACCCAAUAUAGAGGUUUCUCAGCAUUAAUAGGUUAGAAUUGGAUGACUAGCUCCUUUGAGCGUGGCCUGAAUGGCAAAAAAGCCUCUUAGCCCCAUGAAUACAUAAAGGAGUUGAGGCUCUGGGGCUAAGGCAGCGACAGUGGGCUCUUCUCUGUCUGUCUGCUUUAGUAUUCUCACCCCGUGGCCUCCCCCUUCGUCAGGAAGACACAUUCUCUUCAGAUCACACACACACCCAGACCCUCUGCCCUCCCCCCACCACCGUCCCCGUCCCCCCUGUCUGGAGGGUCCUGUCUCUGCAGGGUGACUGUUGCUGCUCCUCUAUGCCUUAGUUUAGCACCAAGCACCAGGCUCAGGAUAAGGACUUUAUGCAUUACCACAGCGCAGUGAGACAUCAUGCAUUAAAAUGAGGCAGAUCACUUCAUUAUAUAUUUCCCCUUAUCGUUAUGUGGAUUUGUUAAAAUCAAUAUUUUUAUUAAUGUACGUGUGUGUGUGUGUGUGUGUGCGUGUGUCCCUGUCUGUCUGUGUGUGUUGUCCCGUCCAGGCGUCCCCCCGGCGAGCGGUACAGGCACCCUGCAGAUCUUCCUGCUGGACAUCAAUGACAACGCGCCCCACGUCUACCCCCAAGAGACUGAGGUGUGUGAGAAACCUGAGCCCAACGGCAUCAACAUCACAGCGCUGGACGGAGACCUCAACCCCAACGCCGGACCCUUCGCAUUCGAGCUGGCCAACAGGCCCUCAGACGUAAGGAGAAACUGGACCAUCACACGGCUCAGUGGUAAGACACAAGAACAACAAAAUCAGGGCUAAUCAAUAUACCUGGGCCUGUGGGUCGGCAGUACUUCUGGUUUUCAUUCUUCCCAUGUAAUCAGUGACCGAUUUAGACCUGGGUCACCAGGAGCCAUUCUGGCCAAUAACUGACAUUCAUCAAUCAACUGCCAGUGAGAAUGGAGAACCACCAGUACUGUGUGGCCCUGGUCAUUUGGAUGGUGAUAAUAACACUGUAGGGUUUGGGACUGUAUGUGCUUGGCACUAGCUUAGAGGCAGUACAGUAUAGGCUUCAUGUCCAUGGGGUGACGUGGUUUCUGGCUUUCGAUAGGACAAGGUGCAGUGACCUAUAACAAUAGACAAUGCUCUCAGUUCCUCACAUGGCCUUAAUGAAGACAAUGUACUAUAAAAUAGAUUAAUAGCAGGCCUUCGCUUCAUCAAGCAGCUCACUAAUUGAUUAUGCUAAUUAUGCCAACACAAAAAAGGAGGAAUUACUCAUUUGUUGUGCGUUGCUAGUGCUUAGAUGUUGUGAAUGUAAACCACAGUGAAUAAAUAUCUUAACAGUAUAACAACCAAAUGGAUUAUAGGAACUGGGGAGGUUUAGCCUAAGCGGCAUUAUCAAAAGGUCUUCAGUGGGUUUAUAAAAUAUAAAUAUAAAUCCUGACCAUAUUUUGGAUUAGAUAUGCUGACAACUUCCAGGUAUAGUAAUUUAUGCUGUUCUGUUCAGCUUUUUCCCAGUAGUAAUAAGUUGGUUAUCUAAUUUGUACACUCAAUACAAAUGGCAAGUUCAGAGAUGGGCUUAUCUGUUUAGAAAAAGUUGCACUUGGAUUUUUUAUGUAGAGAUUAAGGUUAGUGUUGUUUUGUGUUAUUGAGUGAUUAGUAAUUGAGUUAAAUGUUUAUAUUUCUCUCUCUUUCCCUUCCUUUACGUCUCCCUCCCUCUCUCAUUCCCUCUCCCCCUCCCUCCCCCACUCCCUCCCACCCCCAGGUGACUUUGCCCAGUUGAGCCUGAAGAUUGGCUUCCUGGAAAGCGGCAUCUACGAGAUCCCCAUCAUAAUCACUGACUCUGGCAACCUGCCCAUGUCCAACACCUCCUACCUGCGGGUCAAGGUGUGUCAGUGUGACCACAAUGGGGACUGCACCGACCAGCAGCACAUUGUCGCUGCAGGGCUGGGCACGGGCGCCAUCAUCGCCAUCCUGCUCUGCAUCAUCAUCCUGCUCAGUGAGUGUCCCACUGCCGUUCUGCCUCAGCGCACGUAUGCACACAAAUACACACACACACACCAGACACCAGUGUCCCCAUCACCCCGCCCACCACACACAUAAAAAACAAGAUAAAUGCCAUCCCUUGCCAUCCCCAAACACUGCUGCAGGGAUUAUGAAGGGAGCUAAAUGUCAUGCCCAAGAGAUACCAGUAGAUUAUUUCAGGAUUACCCAAAAGAUAGAUAGACCUGAUCAGUCUCGUGGCAAGUUCUAAAUUCUGGAUUGAAUUACAUGUGUAUGCAAAAUAUCUUAUGUUUUGUAAUAUGGGAUAAUUUGCUCUCUUUUUAUUUCUCUCUCACUCACUCUCUUUCUCUCUCUCUCUCUCUCUCUCUCUCUCUCUCGCUCUCGCUCUCUCUUUCUCUCGCUCUCUUUAUCUCUCUCUCUCUCGCUUUCUCUUUCUCUUUCUCUCGCUCUCUUUAUCUCUCUCUCCCUCCCUGCCUCCCUUUCCCUUCCUCCUCUGUAGUUCUUGUGUUGUUGUUUGUUGUAUGGAUGAAGCGUCGUGAUAAGGAGCGUCAGGCCAAGCAGCUGCUUAUUGACCCGGAGGACGAUGUCAGAGACAACAUCCUGAAGUAUGACGAGGAGGGAGGAGGAGAAGAGGACCAGGUAGAGUAACACACACACACACAGACACACACACUCCCAUAUAAUAACACAAGCACGCAUGCGCACACACACACAUGAACGCAGGCAUGCACACACACACACACACAUAUAUACAAACAUACACUCACGCACACACGCAGGCGCACACACACACACUCACUCACACAUUCACACACACACAAACAGAAAAACACACAUAUACACACACACACACAAGACAUCAGAUGUUUUGCAAUACUAACCCACACUUGUUGUAAUAAACUCCAGUUAACACAAGGGAAUGAUUUAGUAAAUGUCUGGUAAUAUCAUUCACAAAUGGAGUGUGUUCUUGCCAUGGGCCCAUUUUGUGAUGGACUCCUCACACUGGGCCAGGUAGUGUAGACUGGAGAUGAGUGUUCAGGGCGGGUUAUUGCAGGGAUAAUGUAAUUGGGAGACAGACAUCUGCUGCUGUGUUAUAAUGAAGCUCCAUCUACAUAUCUACCAUUGAUUGGGCAGGAGGGAGCGUGCACACACACAGGCACACACACACACACACACACACACACACACACACACACAGGCAAACACACACACACAGCCACAUAGGCACACACACACACACACAUAGGCACACACACACACACAUACACACACAGGAACACAUACACACACAGGCACACAUACACACACAGGCACACACACACACACGAACAGGCACACACACACACACACAGGCACACACACACACACACAGGCACACACACACAUAGGCACACACACACACACACACACACAGGCCCACACACGAACAGGCACACACACACAUACAGGCACACGUACACAGAGGCACACACGCAUAAGGAUGUGCACACACACACAAACAGUAAUGUCUGAAGACACUGUGAUAUAACCCUCCUCAAAGAACGUAGACGCAGGAAGGGUAACAUAUUUAAUAUUUAUCGAAAGAAAACAAGCUUCCAUUUUGAGCUAGGUGGAGGAGGAGGGCUGGACAUCAGAAGGAAAUGGUCUUGUCUAUGGAAUCUGGAAGUCAGUCCGUCUGGGUUGUAUUGUGGGUAAAAAAUGAACCGGACUGCCCCAGUGAUGUGGACUAUAUAAUGCCUCACCUCUGUUCUCCCUAUCUCUCCCGCUGGCGAGGAAAUUGAAGUGUCAGACCAGUGGCCGCUCGGCGCACUUGAAGUAUUUUAUUUUAGUUGCUGACUGCCAUUGCCUGGGUUUUUAUUAGUCCAGGUGGCACUCAUUCUACCACGUGGUGAAGUGGAGAAUAAUGUGGUGCACAAAGAAUAUCAAAUUCCAGAAACUUCUGUGGAAGUUAAAGUUUUGUAAGUUGAUAGAUAAACUCAAUCGUGAUGAGUGUUCAUUUAGCCCUGCCUGCACAUAAAUGCAGUUUCAAACUGAAGUACUUUUUUGGGGAACACUUUAUUUGGAUAGUCCCAAGUAGAUGGUUUGUAGAUGCGGAGUAACUUUGUAUAUGUUGAAUAACUGUCAACAACAUUUAAACUAAUUAUCCACUAACCCUAACCCUUAACCCUUAACCCUUAUCCUAACCCUGAACUUAACCCUUACCCUAGCCCUAACCUUACCCUAACCCUUAUUCUAAAGCUAACCCUAACCUUAGCAAGCAUUUGCUUAUCAACAGGUCGUUUGUUGAUAGUAUGACAAUCUUUAGAUCAUCUACAUGGGACUAUCCAAAUAAAGUGUGACCUGUUGAUCGCUGUCAAGUUUUUCAAAGGACCACAGUAGAAAGCUGCAUAUGAUAUAGUCUUCCAAAUACAUAUGGAAAUUGAUAUUUUCGAGGCCACACAAACAAAAUAGUUUGAAGAUGCGUCCUUUCAUUAUCUGGAAUAACAGUUAUUAAAUUACCACCGGACUAUUUUGUCUUGACAGAACAAACCUGUUUAUGCAGCCACAGCAGGUGUCCUAAUUAAUAAUUCAAUUGUCAAAAGACAAAAAAGGGUGGAAAACAAUAACCUCUUAAAUACUCUUAGAGGAAGGAUGCAGAGUCAGUCAAUAGGUGCAGCUCAGGGCCAUCGUCAGCCAUACCUUCGCUUUAAGCAGAAUAUUAAAUAGAUAUUUUAAGUGAAAAUAUGGCCUCCCCUUACAUGAUGAGUUUGUUUAUCCGAUGUUGUUGUGGUUGUUAACUUUCCAGCUCCACCCAUUUUAAGAUCAAGUGGAGGCCAGUGUCCAACAUUGGAAUGUCCAGCCACAGUGUUUGUGAUUCAAUGUGUUGUCCGGGCGUGGCAGGGGAAACAAUAUGUCCGUGGGUUGGUGCUUAGUUGUGUGAUGUGUGAAGAAUGGUUACCUUGAGGGCAUAGCGUGUUAUCAUUAUCCAGUUGUGGCUCUGUGUCUGUAAUUUGAUGGUGCAGUUUUCUGUCACUAAGCCCUGACCUCUGGGAUGACCCUGUAGUGUAGAAGGUAAUGGAAGGGUCACAGGGAGAUGGGCUGGGAGGAGGACGGCGGCAAGAGGGGACGCACACAUGGUGUUCUGCUCUAGGAUGUGUAACGGCCAUUGUCCCCUUCCAGCCAAUGCGAGGGGAAAUGGUUAUUCGCCAUGGAAUUGUUGUUUUACACGCACUGUCAAUCUGUGUGUUUGGAUGUUUAUAUUAAGAUAAACAUGAUACAUGUGUUUAUAUUAAAAUAAACAUGAUACAUGUGUUUAUAUGAACAACAUUUUGUGUGUCUUUGUUUGUGUCUAUUCAUAUAUAGUUUUGUCAGAAAAUAUUCAUACCUCUUCACUUCUUCCACAUUUUGUUGUGUUACAUUAAAUAAAUAAAAAUGCUCACCCAUAUACACACUAUACCCCAUAAUGACAAAGUUAAAACAUGUUUUUAGGAAUAAUUGAAAAUGUAUUGAAAAUGAAAUACAGAAAUAUCUCAUUUACAUAAGUAUUCACACCCAUGAGUCAAUACUUUGUAGAAGCACUUUUGGCAGAGAGUCUUUCUAAGUCUCUAAGAGCUUUCCAAAAAGGAAAGGAAUGGGGGGAUUUGCCCAUUAUUAUUUUCAAAAUUGGUUGUUGAUCAUCGCUAGACAACCAUUUUCAGAUCUUACCAUAGAUUUUAAAGUAGAUUCAAGUCAAAACUGUAACUCGGCCACUCAGGAACAUUCACUGUCUUCUUGGUAAGCAACUCCAGUAUAGAUUUGCCCUUGUAUUUUAGGUUAUUGUCCUGCUGAAAGCUGAAUUAGUCUCGCAGUGUCUGGUGGAAAGCAGACUGAACCAGGUUUUCCUCUAGGAUUUUGCCUGUGCUUAGCUCCAUUCCGCUUCUUUUUUUAUCCUGAAAAGCUCCCCAGUCCUUAACAAUUACAAGCAUACCCAUAACAUGAUGCAGCCACCACUAUGCUUGAAAAUAUGGAGAGUGGUACUCGGUAAUGUGUUGUAUUGGAUUUGCCUGCCCCAAACAUAACACUUUGUAUUCAGGACAAAAAGUGAAUUGCUUUGGAGUAUUGCUUUAGUGCCUUCUUGCAAACAGGAUGCAUGUUUUGGAAUAUAUUUAUUCUGUACAGGCUUCCUUAUUUUCCCUCUGUCAAUUAGGUUAGUAUUGUGGAAUAACUACAAUGUUGUUGAUCCAUCCUCGGUUUUCUCCUAUCACAGCCAUUAAACUCUGUAACCGUUUUAGUCACCAUUGGCCUCAUGGUGAAAUCCCUGAGCGGAUUCCUUUCUCUCCGGCAACUGAGUUAGGAAGGACGCCUGUAUCUUUGUAGUGACUGGGUGUAUUGAUACACCAUCCAAAGUGUAAUUAAUAACUUUAAUAACUUGUAUUUUUUACCCAUCUACCAAUAGGUGUCCUUCUUUGCGAGGCAUUGGAAAACCUUUCUGGUCUUUGUGGUUGAAUCUGUGUUUGACAUUCACUGCUCGACUGAGGGACCUUACAGAUAAUUGUAUGUGUGGGGUACAUAGAUGAGGUAGUCAUUCAAAAAUCAUGUUAAACACUAUUAUUUCACGCAGAGUGAGUCUAUGCAUCUUGUUAUGUGACUUGUUAAGCAAAUGUUUACUCCUGAAUUUAUUUAGGUUUGCCAUAACAUAAGGGUUGAAUACUUUUUUCAGCUUUUCAUUUUUAAUUAAUUUUUAAUUUGACAUUAGGUGGUAUUGUGUGUAGGCCAGUAAAAAAAUAAAUAAUCUAAAUGUAAUCCAUUUUAAAUUCAGGCUGUAACACAACAACAUUUUGAAAAUGUCAAGGGGUGUGAAUACUUUCUGAAGGCACUGUAUGUGUUUAUAUGGUCCAUCUUUAAUCAUGCAAAUGUUUGGGAGGAUUUGCAUGUGUGUGCGUUCAUGCAUGUGUUUGUCUGUGCGUGUGUGUGUGUGUGUGUGUGUAAAUAUGCAUAGUUAUAUGUGCAAGUGAGCAGGGACAAUUUUGAAGGGGGAUAUUAGAGAUGGAUGGAUUACUGAAGAUCUGCUGAGGGACAAUCCAUCAUACACGCUUAUUAAACACACAGCUAUUCUCCCAUGGCAUUCUCUCCAUCAUAUCUUCUCUGAUAGCAUAUCAGUCCAGCUCCUCACUGCUGUCUUCUCAUCCACAUCACAACUCUCUCUCUCUCUCUCUCUCUCUUUCUCUCUCUCGACACUGCACAAACCAAACAAGCCAGUCAGGUUGCCUUGGCAAUGUUAAUAGGAUAAUUAAUGGCUUAUGCAUAUCCGCUAUUCCAUGCCUGGGGCCUGAUUAGAGCAGAACAGUUUCCUGCGCACGCUUCCAGAAGAACACCUCUCUAUUGCAACUGUCUUGUCGACUGAUGCUCUGUUUCUUAGCCUUAACCCUGACGCUGGAUCUGGUUAAAAGCAGCUAACUGUCUAAGUGGUGUUUACAAACAGUCUAAAGUCCACCCAUUGAUAGGUUUCUUAGCUCUAAUGAUACAAGGUAGCAACAGUAUCAACAAUGCACCGUUAUGUAGACCAUGUGUUUGAUGUAUUUGAUACCAUUCCACUGAUUCCGGUCCAGCCAUUACCAUGAGCCCGUCCUCCCCAAUUAAGGUGCCACCAACCUCCUGUGUUGUGUAUGGAUCUGAGUCUGGGUCCGGUUGGGGGGUUCUGCCCAUGCCAAGCUCCUCUCCCCAGCUCUGUGAGGAUAUCCACUUGUCUCUGGCUCCUUGCUGAAUCCCAUCUGUCUCUCCUCUCCCCCUCCCUUCCAGGAUUACGACCUGAGCCAGCUCCAGCAGCCCGACACGAUAGAGCCUGAUGCCAUCAAGCCCGUGGGGAUCCGGCGUAUGGACGAGAGGCCGCUGCACCCCGAGCCCCAGUACCCCAUAAGGUCAGCAGCCCCACACCCAGGGGACAUCGGAGACUUCAUCAACGAGGUAAACAAACAAACAUCUAGAGUAAUGCAACAGGGAGAGGAAAUCGCCUCCCUCUCAAAGUCCAUUGUCAAUGGCAAGAUCAGGAGGAUUCAGAUAAUUAUUUAAUUCAAUUGUCAUGCAAAUAUUCUAAAAUCUGCAUAAAAACAACUUACAUUUUCCCACCAGAGAUGUGUUUCCAUCAGAUUGACUUGUUGCAGAUAAAAGGCUGUGCGUGAUGAUGUAGUGCACAUAAAAAUACCUUUUGCGGUUAAAUUCCCAAUGUACCGAAUAAAAAAUACAAGUUAAAUGGGUUUCCAUCGCAUUUUCAACUCUAUUGAUGGUUUUCUCACAAGAAAUGUUGCAUUAUAAAGUGUGUCCACUCUGGUAUUGGCACAUGCGCUCUAGCCAACAGCGCAGAUAGAGUGCAGAUAGAGUCCACAUAUAGCCUACAUGAUGAGAUUAUUAUUAUGGACAAAAGAGCAAGAUUAUUUGUAUUUGUCAAACGUCAACCAAGCAUCAAUUAUCAGGUCACCAGAAUAAGACCCUCAAUAUUUAUUGGAAAGGAGCAUCAAGCUCAUAAAUAAUAAUAAUAAUAUGCCAUUUAGCAGACGCUUUUAUCCAAAGCGACUUACAGUCAUGCGUGCAUACAUUUUUGUGUAUGGGUGGUCCCGGGGAUCGAACCCACUACCCUGGCGUUACAAGCGCCGUGCUCUACCAGCUGAGCUACAGAGGACCACAUCACCUUGCACUUUCACCACCCUGUGAAGUUCAUCAUACUUUAUUUAAUCUGUAGCCUAAUAAACUGCAUGCUUUCCCGACAAGUCGUAGUUGGAGGACCACAAAACAUCUCAUCAUGUGACUCCAAAUGUUCUUUGAUAUGAUGGUUAUUAUAUCGAUAUUUGCGCAGAAAAGUGUUUCCACUGACAUUUCUCACAUUAAUUAAUUUGACUGACAUAAAAAGAUCCCACCUUGUCUAGCGUUGUUUUGUCGAAAUUAUUUGGAAAGUUUACCAAAAAUUGUUUCUGUUUCCAUCAGGCCUGUCAUGACAUUUUUUAUCCGUCAUGUACUUUACUUACAUAAAAAGGUUGGAUGGAAACCUGGUUAUUGAGAUACUCACUUUUUUUGUUCUCUGAUAAAACUUCACUAUUUAUAAUGUGUCCAAUUUAAAUGAGCUAAAUCCACACAUGUAAUUAUAAUAUUAUGAGGAUACAAAGAGAGUUCACGUUUAUCUUAGCCGUGCAGCAUGGGAUGGAGUUAUAGCUUUAGACGUCACUCUGUAGAUAUCUAGUGGGAUGAGAAAGAGAGAAGCACAUUGGCUUUCCAUAGAGGCACCCUGUUCUGUUCAACAUGGCCUCGCUUGCCUCAGGCCACCAUUGAGUCCAGCGAGGGAAUUUAUAAUGAAAAAGACAGUCAUAUAUUCUUCACCAGCUCCAACAGACAAUACUUUCACAGUAUUACAAAGGGAGUUCUCUCCCUCUCCCAGUUUUUGGCCUAUUCCCAUGUUUUUAGAUUAGAACGUGCCCUUUCAGCUCAGCUUCCCCUACUCACGCUAUAUCUCUCCCAUUCCCCCUCCUUCGCUCUCUCACUCUCUCAGAAAAGUCCUGAAUACACGUAAUGCUCAUGUCAGCUCAAUUUAUAUAGAGUGAGUUUGAGUGUUUUGUCCAGUGUGUAAAAAAAAGUUGCGAAACUGAGCAACUUCUUGGAGCAGAGAAAAGUCUGCUGUUUUAUGUGUUCUUUGUGGGCCGGAGUAUCCUGACCCAGACAUCCACAUUACAGGCAGUACAUGUCAGCCUGUUUCCCAUAACACACAAACACACAAACACACACACAGGCGGUCAUGGUAGAUUCUAUACACUACACCCUGCUGGCAGCUAGUUUAUGCCUUGUUGUCAUUGGGGUUGGAAUCUGACCUGGCUGCCCAGGGAUAGGGGGUGGAGGGGGGUGAGGGUGGGGUGAUGGGUCUGGGCUCAAAGUCUGGAGUGUGCACACAACCCCAUGCCUACAGAGCCUUUGGCAGUUAAUUCAAAAAGGGGGAGUUCAAAUUGAAGCAUAGGUCUCAAAUCCUCCCAAGAAUUUAGCCUCUGGGAGUGGACAACAAUAGUUUAUUAUUCAGCUUUGAGUCUGUUCCCGCUCAGGGAGGUAAUGUCUGGGAAAUCAGCCUCACCGGACAUCACCUUUUGUUGGCCACAGAUGCUGGAUGAAAAGUUCACACACAGUUUUAGAUUAAAGAUUUGGAUAGUGUUAUUGGGAGGAACAUUUUUCAAUUCAACAUUUCAACUGGUGAAAUGAACAGAGAAACUUGCUACUGCAAAUCUCUGAAUAGGAUGUUUAUUCAAUUCAAUCAGAGACCUGUAUUGUGACCAGUGGAACAGCGGGGGAAGUCAGGGUAGAUAAAGAAGGACAGGACAGCACAAUGUUUUCUUAAGAUGGACCAUUGUCUCUCUCACACAGUGGAUGAUUCAAUCUUAGUGGAAUUAGGAGGAUGAAGCUCUGUGAUUGGCUUACUUUGUCACACUGCCAGUAGGGUGGUGGUAAUGCCGGAUGGGGCUCUAUCCACCGGACCAGUGAUCGCUGUAAUUGUAAUGAACGAUCCCUCUGUCAUAUUUCCCACCAAAUUAUCAGCGCUACAGCCCUGAGCAAACAUUUAGCGAAGGCUAACAAGUGGAAAAUAAUCACUACGCGUCGAGGCACUUUGUUUCAAUCUAUUCUUUUUUCGAGAGAGAGACCGAGACAGAGAGAGAGACAGAGAGAGAGACAGAGAGAGAGACAGAGAGAGAGACAGAGAGAGAGACAGAGAAAGAGAGAGAAAGAGAGAGAAAGAGAAAGAGAGAGAGAGAGACAGAGAAAGAGAGAGAAAGUGGUAGCAGUGUUGUAAUAACAAAGUGGAAGAGCUCCAAUACAUCUCUGACAUGUUUCCAAUGAGCCUAAUGUCUCGGUUGUGUCUCUGUGUUGUGCUCGGUUUCUUUUAAUUUAGUUAUUAUUUGUUAGAUUUCCUCAGUGGCAGUCAUAAGAGAUUGGAUUCGGGCCUGGGCCCAAUUCGGUUCAUGGCCAGAGCACAUCUCCAAUGCUAGAUAAGCAAUCUAUCCAGGAAUGGGCUUGGAAAACAAUAUCAACCCAUAAGGACAUCUCACGCAGCUAUGAGAGUUUCUGGGAAUGUUAACCCCCCCCCCAUUCCCACCCUACCCUCUGGAACACACGCACUGGAACAAAUACAUACAUGCACUCGCACACACACAUACACACACACACACACGCUGCUCUGCACUUCUUCACCAUUCCCCAGUGCUCAUUCAUAGUUUUGGAACACAUUAAAUGAAGUGGGUAUGUAGUACUACAUCAUGGUCCAGAAUGUGGUGGCGAUAGCUGGCAUAUUGUCAGUGCCACUACAGUGAUCUCCUCCUGUCAGCGCUCCAAGCCCCUCAGGCAGCACCCGUGGAGAUGGGAGUAAAGGAGGGUUGAGGAUGGAGGGCUAGCUCAUCAGUGGCAGCCUUCCAGUGAGCUGAGGCAUUUGGUCAUGCUCAAUCUCAGCAUUUGAUCAAGUUCUGGAUAAUCCUGAAUGCCAGAAACAUCAGGGAGAAUCACAGCCAAAAUGCUGUGCUGCAGACAGACAGUUAGAGCCGGACCUGAUUUUCUGAUCAUGCAGAAGGGAGGAAAACAUGAAAGAAAUGUGUCUAAAAUUAGCCUGUUUAGGUGGAAGUGGGGGAUAAGAAUGGCAUCUUGUAGCUGUAGUCAGACAGGGUCUGGGUCUGUCGUGGUGGACUGGCAGGCCUUAAUCUCCUCACUCCUCUAACCGUGUUAUUUUAUUUCAUCCUGUCUGUCCAGGGACUUAAGGCGGCAGACAACGACCCCACAGCCCCGCCCUACGACUCCCUGCUGGUGUUCGACUACGAGGGCAGUGGUUCCACAGCCGGCUCCCUAAGCUCCCUCAACUCCUCCAGCAGUGGAGGGGACCAGGACUACGAUUACCUCAACGACUGGGGCCCUCGCUUCAGAAAACUGGCAGACAUGUACGGAGGGAGCGACGACUAG